CAAUUUAAAUUGGACUUGAAUCAGACUGCCAUGAUGCGGGUGGAGCUGGUGUUGCUGGCCGCUGUGGCUCUGUCUCUCCCUAUGCUCUCCAAUGGUGAAGUGCUGUGAGUACAUCAUAAAUAAAAUAGUUUACAAUGUGGUAGAACAUUUGGUCCCACAAUUGUAAAGGCAAUACAUCAGCCAUCAUUCCUAGAAUUGUCAUGGUUAACGGGUCAUAGAAACAUUGAUAAAUAAUAAAUAUUACUCCUAAUAGGUUUCCAUCCAAUUGGCGACAGAUUUUCAUUUGAAUAUUCUAGAAUCCGCAUAACGGAUUUGUUGCGGAUAAAAUGGACUUGUACCAAAUCAAAAUCUAAGGUUCAAUAUGUUUCCAUCGCAUUUUCAACUCUACCAAUAGUUUUGUCACAAAAACUGUUGCGUUAAAUAGCAAAUGUGCCUACUCUGGUCUUGGCACGUCCGCUCUAGCCAACAGCUCCCAGAUACAGUGCGGGUAGGAUAGUCUAGAUCACAUAUGUCAGAGUCAAGGCCCGCGGGCCACAUCCGGCCCGCAAGAAGGUUUUUUACGGCCCCUGGGAUGAUCUUGAUUUAUUAUUAGAACCGGCCCGCAGACCGCAGCAAGCCGGCAGCCCGCAGAUCUUUUACACGCACCAAUACUACAUUUCCCACAAUGCAACGGUGACGCACCGAGCAGUAGGCUGCUUCAUUUCAAUAUUUAUUGGCACAGCAGUCGUCAGCAUCACAGUAAAAUUAACUUUCAGAUACCCAUCAAAAAUGGCAAAACGGAAGGUGGACACUGAGAACCGGGGGUUUCAAACAAGGUGGGAGUCGGAGUAUAUGUUCACGGAGGUAGCUGGAAAACCUGUGUGCCUUCUGUGUGGAGAAAGUGUGGCGGUACUGAAAGAGUAUAAUCUGAGACGACAUUAUGAAACGAAACACGCGGACAAAAACAAGAAUAUGGACAUGGAACAAAGGCUACAAAAGGCAGAGGAAUUAAAACGAGGCCUCAAAUCUCGACAGGCUCUGUUCAAAAAAGCCAAAUCACAAGGCCAGGCUGCUGUCAAGGCCAGUUUUAUUUUGGCAGAAGAGAUCGCUAAAUCAGCCCGGCCAUUUACGGAGGGGGAUUUCAUCAAAAACUGCAUGAUUAAAGUUUGUGACGAAGUUUGCCCAGAAAAAAGGCAACUCUUUUUAAAUGUGAGUCUGAGCAGAAACACCAUUGCCGAGAGAGUAGACCAGUUGUCCAUCAAUCUAAAAGAGCAGCUUGUGAAAAAGGGAAAAGAUUUCAUUGCAUAUUCCUUGGCUGUGGAUGAGAGCACCGACAUUUCUGACAUUGCCCAGUUGUCAAUUUUCAUCCGCGGAGUGGACUCCAGCCUAAGCGUGACAGAGGAGUUUUUGGCUUUACGUCCUAUGCAUGGCACAACUACGGGGCAUGAUUUGUAUGAAGAGGUGUCAAGAUGUGUAAAUGAGAUGGAGCUGCCUUGGGAAAAACUCGUGGGUUUGACAACCGACGGAGCACCUGCGAUGUGUGGACACAGGAGCAGACUGGUGGCGAAGAUACGGGAAAAGAUGCAAGAGGAAAACGCGACAGGUGAGCUGACAGCUUAUCAUUGUAUCAUACACCAGGAAGCGUUGUGCGGUAAAGCCUUGAAAAUGGAGCAUGUAAUGAGCAUCAUCACGCGCACAGUUAACUUUAUCAGAGCCAAAGGUUUGAAUCACCGCAUGUUACUUCUCCUUAAACAAAGUGUUGUUUUUGAUUAAUAGAUUUUUGCACUUUAUUUUAUUGUAUUUCAAUCCAAUUAUAUUUUAAAAAUAUUUCAGUUGAGUGGAUGAUAGAAAAUUGCUAUUAUUGUUUUUUUCUUUGAAGUAAAUUUAGCCCACUUUUGCUAAAAUAGAAAAUAUAGGCUACUGAUGGUGCCUUGAAUACCGGUUUCUUUCAUUUAAUGUUCAUGUUAUGGGGAUUUUUAUAUAAAGGAAAUUUGUCUUUUGUGUCUGUUGAAAAUUAAAGAUUACUGACAGAGCCAUAAGAAAAUAUUGCUUUAUUUAUCUGAUCAUAUUGGAAUAUAUUUGUUAGGUUUUCAGUAGGUUCAAUUAGGUUCACUAGACUAUAUGCGUCAUUUAAAAAAUUUUCAAUGAACAUUCGAACAGUCCGGCCCUCGGCUUGUAGCUAAAUUUUUUAUUUGGCCCUCCGUCCAUUUGACUUUGACACCCCUGGUCUAGAUGAUGAGAUUAUUAUGGAUAAGAGCGAGAAUAUUUGUAUUUGUCAAACGGCAGUCAAGCAUCGAUCAUCAUAUCGCCAGAAUAAGACCCUCAAUAUUUAUUGGAAAGGAGCAUCAAGAUCACUGUGCAUUUUUAACCACCCUGUGAAGUUCAUCAUAACUUCAUAACUGAAUCUGUAGCCUAAUAAACUGCAUGGUUUCCCGGAUCGUAGUGGGAGGACCACACACCAUAUCAUCGCGUGACUCCAAGUUUAGUUCGAUAUGAUGGUUAUUAUAUCAGUAUUUGUGCAUAAAGGCGUUUCCACCGCCAUUUCUCGCAUAACUAAUUUUACCGACACAAAAAGAUCACACAAUCAUGUCAAACGAACAAAUGAUUUGUCGGCAUUUAUAAAAUUGUACCGAAACUUUCAGUUUACAUCACAGCUGUCGUGAUUUUAUUUUAUUUUAUAUGAUAACUUUACUGUGGAUGGAAACAUGGUUAGUGCUAUACAAUUUAUUGUUUACCAGUUACUGUGCAUGCGUUGUGGAUUUAUUCAUGUUUUGUUUGCAUGGUCACUGCAGGUACCAUAAUGUUAUGACACACCAAUUGAAUUUUUUAACCCUUGCAAUUACACAAAAAUGUCAAUAUAUAUUUUUUAAAAGGAUGGGGGAAAUCCUUAAAGGGAUUGUUCACUUUUUAAAUCAAAGAGGAAGUUCAGGAUUUUACAACUUGAUGUUAAGAAGUUCCUCACCCUGAAAGUAGUCUAUUGGCCAGGAGAAACUGUAAUCUAUGGUUUGGUUUUCUUUAAACAAUCUCUACAAACAUCAGCUUCCUUUAGCCACCAUCUCCACCUCUGCUGUCUCCACCUCUGAAUGCUCUGCUAUGGAAAGCCAACUUGCACAUAGGGUACUAGGGGGUAACUAGCCACCCCUAAGAACAAUGUCUAAUUGCUGACACAAAAAAGCAACCUUUGGAAAAAAAUUGGUAUGUGAAUGAAAGUCAUGCUUAUGUGAAUAAACUAUAAAGGGAAAUCAAUGGCUACAGUUACACUUCUUUUAGUUAUUUCAUGAAAUGUUGUUUAUAGAAAAGGGCCAGGUUUUUUAAAGUACCUGUCACGCCCUGGCUCUAGGGACUCUUUUAUGUUGAGCCAGGGUGUGUAGUGUCUAUGUGUUGUGUUCUAUGUUCACGAUCUAGUUUAUGUGUUUCUAUGUUGGCCGGAGUGGUUCUUAAUCAGAGGCAACGUGAAUCAGCUGUUGCUUGUUGUCUCUGAUUGGGAACCAUACUUAGGCAGCCUAUUGUGCAAUUGUCUUUUGUGGGAUCUUGUUCUGUAUAGGUUUGUGUUGUUGAACCGUUUGACUUCACGUUUUGUUGCAUUGUAUAAAGUACUCAUUAAAAGAUGUACGCCUAUCACGCUGCGCCUUGGUCCGGUUCUUACGACGAUCGUGACAGUACCGGGGUAAUAUUCAUUGAAAUAUAAUAUUGGAAUGGAAUAUAACAUUGGAAUAUAACAUUUAAUAACAAUAACUUAACUAAUUAAUUCAGUGUAACAUUGAUGUGGCAAUUCUCUUAUGCUCUGCUAUUGCACAAUUCUAAUUUGUACAUAGCCUACUAGAACCUUGUUCAGGGGGUAAUACAUUUCUAACACACAAUGAUGUUCUCUGCAGUUUACUAAAUGUUGCUAUACUUUAUGAAUGGCGUGAGAAAUGGGAACUAAAAAAUGAUAAUUAUGCUGCUCCAAACACAGCAUGUUUCUGCAGACAGAUGCCCAAUAAACACACAUGCAGACAGAUGCAUGUACACAUUGAUCAGAUGUCAGUCAUUCCAUAACAAAAAGGUCUAGGCCGUGAUUCAGUGCAAGGUGUGUUAUAGUGUGGUGCACUAUACAGCCAACAAUAUGCCUUUUAAAGGCAUUUUCCCCAACGUUCACAGAGAUCACAUUCAUGGUAAACGCUGUACAUUUCAGCUCAACUGUAAAUUACCUUUAAAGUCUGUUAUAGUGUAUUGUGCUAUGACGUGCCUUGAAUUAAAUCCCAACCUUAGUCAAAUACAAAUCAAUCUUCCACCCUCCAUAUUUUUCAUCUUCCUUUCUCCUCUCUUCACCACUGCAGGUAUGUCAUGUCUGCUCCUAACCCGCUACGGGUGGGUAGCAUGGAGAGGGUCUUUGUUGAAGCACAAGAUUACUCAGGGGCUGACUUCGAUGUCCAAAUCAUGGUGAAGAACUUCCCUGCGCAAGAUAAAUUGCUCGCAUCCACAAGUGUGUCCCUGAAUUCAGUGAACAAAUACCAGGCACUUAAGGAUGUUAAAGUAAGUAUUUAUACAUACUGUAUUCCCUCGCAUAAAUUAAAUGUACAGUGGCUUCAGAAAGUAUUUACACCCCUUGACUUUUUCCACAUUUUGUUGUAUUACAGACUGAAUUUAAAAUGUAUUACAUUUAGAUGUUUUGUCACUGGCCUACACACAAUACCCCAUAAUAUCAAAGUGGAAUUAUGUUUUUUUGAAAUUUUUACAAAUUAAAAGCUGAAAUGUCUUGAGUCAAUAAGUAUUAAAUCCCUUUGUUAUUGCAAGCCUAUAUAAGAUGAGGAAUAAAAAUGUGCUUAACUACUCACAUAAUACGUUGCAUGCACUCACUCUGUGUGCAAUAAAAGUGUAGAAAAUUAUUUUUUAAUGACUAAUAAUAAUAUGCCAUUUAGCAGACGCUUUUAUCCAAAGCAACUUACAGUCAUGCGUGCAUACAUUUUUACGUAUGGGUGGUCCCGGGGAUCGAACCCACUACCUUGGCGUUACAAGCGCCGUGCUCUACCAGCUGAGCUACAGAGGACCACCUCAUCUCUGUACCCCACACAUACAAUUAUCUUUAAGGUCCCUCAGUCAAGCAGUGAAUUUCAAACUCAGAUUCAACCACAAAGACCAAUGAGGUUUUCCAGUGCCUCACAAAGAAGGACACCUAUUGGUAGAUAGGUGAGAAUAAAAAAAAAGAGACAUUGAAUAUAUCUUUGAGCAUGGUGAAGUUACAACUUACACUUUGGAUGGUACAGAUGAAGUCGGAAGUUUACAUACACUUAGGUUGGAGUCAUUAAAACUCGUUUUUCAACCACUCCACAAAUUACUUGUUAACAAACUAUAGUUUUGGCAAGUCGGUUAGGACAUCUACUUUGUGCAUGACACAAGUAAUUUUUCAAACAAUUGUUUACAGACAGAUUAUUUCACUUAUAAUUCACUGUAUCACAAUUCCAGUGGGUCAGAAGUUUACAUACACUAAGUUGCCUGUGCCUUUAAACAGCUUGGAAAAUUCCAGAAAAUGAUGUCAUGGCUUUAGAAGCUUCUGAUAGGCUAAUUGACAUCAUUUGAGUCAAUUGGAGGUGUACCUGUGGAUGUAUUUCAAGGCCUACCUUCAAACUCAGUGCCUCUUUGCUUGACAUCAUGGGAAAAUCAAAAGAAAUCAGCCAAGACCUCAGAAAAAGAAUUGUAGACCUCCACAAGUCUGGUUCGUCCUUGGGAGCAAUUUCCAAACGUCUGAAGGUACCACAUUCAUCUGUACAAACAAUAGCAUGCAAGUGUAAACACCAUGGGACCACGCAGCCGUCAUACCAACUCAGGAAGGAGACGUGUUCUGUCUCCUAGUGAUGAACGUACUUUGGUGUGAUAUGUGCAAAUCAAUCCCAGAACAACAGCAAAGGACCUUGUGAAGAUGCUGGAGGAAACAGGUACAAAAGUAUCUAUAUCCACAGUAAAACGAGUCCUAGAUCGACAUAACCUGAAAGGCCGCUCAGCAAGGAAGAAGCCACUGCUCCAAAACCGCCAUAAAAAAGGCAGACUAAGGUUUGCAAAUGUACAUGGGGACAAAGAUCGUACUUUUUGGAGAAAUGUCUGGUCUGAUGAAACAAAAAUAGAACUGUUUGGCCACAAUGACCAUCGUUAUGUUUGGAGGAAAAAGGGGGUUACUUGCAAGCCGAAGAGCACCAUCCCAACCAUGAAGCACGGGGGUGGCAGCAUCAUGCUGUGGGGGUGCUUUGCUGCAGGAGGGACUGGUGCACUUCACAAAAUAGAUGGCAUCAUGAGGAAGGAAAACUAUGUGGAUAUAUUGAAGCAACGUCUCAAGACAUCAGUCAGGAAGUUAAAGCUUGGUCGCAAAUGGGUGUUCCAAAAGGACAAUGACCCCAAGCAUACUUCCAAAGUUGUGGCAAAAUGGCUUAAGGACAACAAAGUCAAGGUAUUGGAUUGGCCAUCACAAAGCCCUGACCUCAAUCCUAUAGAACAUUUGUGGGCAGAACUGAAAAAGCGUGUGCGAGCAAGGAGGCCUACAAACCUAACUCAGUUACACCAGCUCUGUCAGGAGGAAUGGGCCAAAAUUCACCCAACUUAUUGUGGGAAGCUUGUGAAAGGCUACUUGAAACGUUUGACCCAAGUUAAACAAUUUAAAGGCAAUGCUACCAAAUACUAAUUGAGUGUGUGUAAUCUUCUGACCCACUGGGAAUGUGAUGAAAGAAAUAAAAGCUGAAAUAAUUCAUUCUCUCUACUAUUAUUCUGACAUUUCACAUUCUUAAAAUAAAGUGGUGAUCCUAACGGACCUAAGACAGUGAAUGUUCCUGAGUGGCCGAGUUUCAGUUUUGACUUAAAUCUACUUGAAAAUCUAUGGUAAGACCUGAAAAUAGUUGUCUAGCAAUGACAGAGCUUGUUUUCAACUCUUAAUGAUCGGCUAUGAAAAGCCAACUGAGAGACCUGAGCCCUAGGACCAUACGUCGGGACUACUGGCCGUGGUGACUCCUUGCUGUCCCCAGUCCGCCUGGCCUUGCUGCUAUUCCAGUUUCAACUGUUCUGCCUGCGGUUAUGGAACCCCUACCUGUCCCAGACCUGCUGUUUUCAACUCUUAAUGAUCGGCUAUGAAAAGCCAACUGAGAUUUAUUCCUGAUUAUUAUUUGACCAUGCUUGUCACUUAUGAACAUUUUUGAACAUCUUGGCAUGGUUCUGUUAUAAUCUCCACCCGGCACAGCCAGAAGAGGACUGGCCACCCCUCAUAGCCUGGUUCCUCUCUAGGUUUCUUCCUAGGUUUUCGCCUUUCUAGGGAGUUUUUCCUAGCCACCGUGCUUCUACACCUGCAUUACUAGCUGUUUGGGGUUUUAGGCUGGGUUUCUGUACAGCACUUCGAGAUAUUAGCUGAUGUAAGAAGGGCUAUAUAAAAUAAAAUUGAUUGAUUGAUUGAUUGAUUGAAGACUUUUGAAAAGAAUAAUGGGCAAAUGUUGCACAAUCCAGGUGUAGAAAUCUGGAGACUUACCCAGAAAGACUCACAGCUGUAAUCAUUGCCAAAGGUGCUUCUACAAAGUAUUGACUCAUGAGUGUGAAUACUUGUGUAAAUGAGAUAUUUCUGCAUUUAAUUUCCAAAACAUUUACACAUGUUUUCACUUUGUCAUUAUGGGGUACUGUGUGUAGAUGGGUGAUAAUUUGUUUGUUGUUGAUCAAUUUUGAAUUCAGGCUGUAUUACAAAAUGUGGAAUAAGUCAAGGGGUAUAAAUACUCUCUGAAGGCACUGUAUCUGAGAUCACUUUAUAUAAGAUAUUAAUUUCACUAUUUUACCAGUGGUUGUGUACUUUGCACAAAAAAUCCUCAUCACUUGUGUUUUCUCAAACUUGUCAGAUCCUGGAGGGACGUGGCUUCUUUGAUGAGGACUACACAUUGAACCAGUAUGUGUACCUGCAAGCCGUGUUCCCAGGCAUCAUGCUUGAAAAAGUAGUCCUAGUCUCCUUUCAAACCGGCUACAUAUUUGUACAGACGGACAAAACCAUUUACACGCCAGAAAGUGAAGGUAUGGUUUAGCCCACUGACCUAAAGCCUUCGAAUUAGCAUCGCUCAGCAACCACCUCUGCUCAGGGGCGGACUGGGACCAGAAAUCGGCCCUGGUAUUUCUAACACCCCGGACCAUUUUUUUUACUUGAGGCCCCCACACGGUCAUGUUUUCUUCUUGGGGCCCCCAAUAUUAGCCAAAUAAUGAUCAUUUAGCGCAAAAACAACUAGUUAGACCGGCCGGAAAUGCCAGACGGCCAGUCUGCCCAUGUGAAUCAAUUUGAUUCAUUUGGGGUCAGGUCGAAACUCACAUGAAACAUUCAUGGACAUUUAGCUAGCUAGCUGGGAGAUGAACAUUGGGGUGCUAUUUUACCUGAAAUACAUAUGGUUCUUUUUUUUGCCAGAUCUUUGUAGAAUUUUGACCCAGAGUCAAAAUCGUGUUUCUCUACUUAAUCCACAGAUAAAAGGGUGUUACUCUAUAUAAACCUAACAUCUUAAACUACAUUCUUAGUGUAUUAAUUCAGUAAUAUAUGUUUCAGUUAAAUACAGAGUCUUCGCCUUAAACGCCGGUCUAGAGCCUGUAACAGAUAGCAUCAACGUGGAAAUUAUGGUAAGUAGUCCUCAUAAAAAAUGAAACUGCAUUGACAAUGCUUCCUUAGUAGUGGUUGAUGCAUAUGGCCAGUUGACAAAAUAGGUAUUUUCUGACAUCACUCAUGUUUACUACUGUCAGUCCUGAGUAGUAACAGAUUCAUUAUCUGUGAUCCAUCCAUGUUAGUCUUUCACAUUUCAUGUAUAUUAUUUAUUUAUAGACCCCUGAUGGAAUCACCUUACUGCAGAAAGAUUACAAACCAGUUAAUGGGAUGCAAUCUGGAGUCUUCGCUGUCCCAGAAAUCACCAGGUUUGUUUUUGUUAUUCAAUCAUCCUAACACACUUAUCAGGAAAACUUUUGCCUGUGAACUCUUCUGCUCUCAUUCUCUCUUUAUAUAGCUUUGGAAACUGGAAAGUGGUGGCCAAGUUCAAGAAUACCCCACAUAAGAACUUCACGGCAGAUUUCGAGGUGAAAGAAUAUGGUAAGAAGGGUAUUGGUUUGGGUGGACUUUUAUUAAAGGACAAUUCCGCCACUUUUCAACCUCAUAUUCAUUAUCUCCAGAACCAUACUGUACCAGUCUAGAUAUGUGAAAACGGCACGUUUCUAUGAUCUGUGGUUAAAAAGAUAAGAAGAAAGGUCCAAUAAAAUGCUUCUCUGUGACAUCACAGGGUAUGAUUAAAAGUAAGAAAAACAGUGAUUUUCAAAACCUGCAACGAGUUUCUAGCCAGAGGGAGGGUAUUUUCUUUCUCCCCACGUCAAUGCAAAUCUCAUAAUGUUUGAAAAUCACUCUUUGUUUAAUGUUUUAAUCUCUGACAAUGUCAUUGGGUAGAACAUUUUAGUUUAUAUAUUUUUUCUAUAAAACAUAGAAAUGCGCCAUUUUCAAUGAGAUGAAAAGUGGUGGAAUUGCCCUUUAAGAGCAGGCUUCACUAGUUUAGGACUUGGAGUGUUUGUACAGUGUUUGUACUGAAUAAAUAGGGCUUAUAUAAACUACAUAAACUGAAAAAAUAUAUAAAUGCAACAUGCAACAAUUUAAAAUAUUUUACUUAGUUACAAUUCAUAUAAGGAAAUCAGUCGAUUGAAAUAAAUUCAUUAGGCCCUCAUCUAUGGAUUUCACAUGACUGGGAAUGCAGAUAUGCAUCUGUGACCAAAAAGGUAGGGGCAUGGAUGAGAAAACCAGUUAGUAUCUGGUGUGACCAACAUUUGCAGCGCGACACAUCUCCUUUGCAUAGAGUUGAUCAGGCUGUUGAUUGUGGCCCGUGGAGUGUUGUCCCACUCCUCUUCAAUGGCUGUGCGAAGUUGCUGGAUAUUGGCGGGAACUAGAACAUGCUGUCAUACACAUCGAUCUGGAGCAUCCCAAAUAUGCUCAACGAGUGACAUGUGUAGUGAGUAUGCAGGCCAUGGAAGAACUGGGACAUUUUCAGUUUCCAGAAAUUGUGUACAGAUCCUUGCAACAUGGGGCCGAUGGCAGCGGAUGAAUGGCACGACAAUGGACCUCAGGAUCUUGUCACCGUAUCUCUGUGCAUUCAAAUUGCCAUCUAUAAAACCGCUCGCCCACAUGACGCAAUACAUGCGGUCUGUCAUCUACCCGGUACAGUUGAAACGGGGAUUAAUCAGUGAAGAGCACACUUCUCCAGCAUGCCAGUGGCCAUCGAAGGGGAGCAUUUGCCCACUGAAGUCGGUUAUGACGCCGAACUGCAGUCAGUUCAGGACCCUGGUGAGGACGACGAGCAUGCAGAUGAUUUUCCCUGAGACGGUUUCUGACAGUUUUGCAGAAAUUCUUCAGCAAACCCACAGUUUCAUCAGCUGUCUGGGUGGCUGGUCUCAGACGAUCCCGCAGGUGAAGAAGCCGUAUGUGGAGGUCCUGGGCUGGUGUGGUUACAUGUGGUCUGCGGUUGUGAGGCCGGUUGGGCGUACUGCCAAAUUCUCUAAAAUGACGUAGAGAAAUGAACAUUACAUUCUCUGGCAACAGCUCUGGUGUACAUUCCUGCAGUGCAACGCACCCUCAAAACUUGAGACAUCUGUGGCAUUUUGUUGUGUGACAAAACUGCACAUUUUAGAGUUACUUUUUAUUGUCCCCAGCACAAGGUUCUUGAUAUGCCACACCUGUCAGGUGGAUGUAUUAUCUUGGCAAAGGAGAAAUGCUCACUAAAUUUGUGCACAACAUUUGAGAGAAAUAAGCUUUUUGUGCCUUUGGAAAAUGUUGAGGAUCUUUUAUUUCAGCUCAAGAAACAUGAAACCAACACUUUACAUGUUGCGUCUAUAUUUAUGUUCAGUAUAUUAAUUCAUAACUAACUUCCUAUCUAGUUCUACCCAGCUUUGAAGUCAAAUUGGAAGUGAGCAAGUCCUUCUUCUACGUUGACGAUGAUGAGCUAACGGUCAACAUUAAUGCCAGGUUGGAGCCAUUGUAGAAUAUCAAAAUAUAUUUAUAGUUGUUAUUUCCAUGGUAACUAGUGGUAGAAUUGCUACUUACAGUGGGGGAAAAAAGUAUUUAGUCAGCCACCAAUUGUGCAAGUUCUCCCACUUAAAAAGAUGAGAGAGGCCUGUAAUUUUCAUCAUAGGUACACGUCAACUAUGACAGACAAAUUGAGAAGAAAAAAAAUCCAGAAAAUCACAUUGUAGGAUUUUUAAUGAAUUUAUUUGCAAAUUAUGGUGGAAAAUAAGUAUUUGGUCACCUACAAACAAGCAACAUUUCUGGCUCUCACAGACCUGUAACUUCUUCUUUAAGAGGCUCCUCUGUCCUCCACUCGUUACCUGUAUUAAUAGCACCUGUUUGAACUUGUUAUCAGUAUAAAAGACACCUGUCCACAACCUCAAACAGUCACACUCCAAACUCCACUAUGGCCAAGACCAAAGAGCUGUCAAAGGACACCAGAAACAAAAUUGUAGACCUGCACCAGGCUGGGAAGACUGAAUCUGCAAUAGGUAAGCAGCUUGGUUUGAAUAAAUCAACUGUGGGAGCAAUUAUUAGGAAAUGGAAGUCAUACAAGACCACUGAUAAUCUCCCUCGAUCUGGGGCUCCACGCAAGAUCUCACCCCGUGGGGUCAAAAUGAUCACAAGAACGGUGAGCAAAAAUCCCAGAACCACACGGGGGGACCUAGUGAAUGACCUGCAGAGAGCUGGGACCAAAGUAACAAAGCCUACCAUCAGUAACACACUACGCUGCCAGGGACUCAAAUCCUGCAGUGCCAGGUGGAAACAUCAUGCUUUGGGGCUGUUUUUCUGCAAAGGGACCAGGACGACUGAUCCGUGUAAAGGAAAGAAUGAAUGGGGCCAUGUAUCGUGAGAUUUUGAGUGAAAACCUCCUUCCAUCAGCAAGGGCAUUGAAGAUGAAACGUGGCUGGGUCUUUCAGCAUGACAAUGAUCCCAAACACACCGCCUGGGCAACGAAGGAGUGGCUUCGUAAGAAGCAUUUCAAGGUCCUGGAGUGGCCUAGCCAGUCUCCAGAUCUCAACCCCAUAGAAAAUCUUUGGAGGGAGUUGAAAGUCCGUGUUGCCCAGCGACAGCCCCAAAACAUCACUGCUCUAGAGGAAAUCUGCAUGGAGGAAUGGGCCAAAAUACCAGAAACAGUUUGUGAAAACCUUGUGAAGAUUUACAGAAAACGUUUGACCUGUGUCAUUGCCAACAAAGGGUAUAUAACAAAGUAUUGAGAAACUUUUGUUAUUGACCAAAUACUUAUUUUCCACCAUAAUUUGCAAAUAAAUUCAUUUAAAAAUCCUACAAUGUGAUUUUCUGGAUUUUCUUUUCUCAUUUUGUCUGUUAUAGUUGACGUGUACCUAUGAUGAAAAUUACAGGCCUCUCUCAUCUUUUUAAGUGGGAGAACUUGCACAAUUGGUGGCUGACUAAAUACUUUUUUUCCCCACUGUAACAUGUCAUCUCAUUUACAGUACUCCUCUAUAUUUCCCCCUCCCCUUCAAUUCUCUGUGUUGAUAUUGCUGUAUGGUUUGGGUCUGAAGGUACCUGUUUGGGGAGCCUGUGAGAGGAUCAGGUAUUGUGGUGUUCGGGGUGAUCCAAGGAGAUGACAGGACGAGUUUUCCUAGCUCUCUCCGGAGAGUGGAGGUUUGUGCAUGUAAUAUGGGAGGGAGUUUAUUUGUAUGAUUCGGUACACAUACAGGUAUUCACAAACAUUCACCAUGGGUAGUCUAUAUUUCAUGAGCUUUAUAGCUAGAACAACACAAGAAGUCUGACAGACGGACAUCUUUGCUUUGUUUCUUAUGAAUGCAGCUUAUGGAAGGAGUUGGCAACGCGGUACUGAAGAUGCAGGACAUUAAAGCAACUUUUCCAGACAUCAAUAACCUAUUGCGGGAUUCCCUAUACAUAUCAGUCAAUGUGUUAACAGACACAGGUAAGUAGUGUCUGUUUGUGGUACGCGCAUACUUUUGCAUCUUAUGAAGUGUGUGUUUGUGUUCAGUCUCAAACAGGGAAGGUGUUGGUUUUAUCCCUCAGGUAGUGAGAUGGUAAAAGCAGAGAAAAGUGGAAUCCGCAUAGUCAAGUCACCGUAUAAAAUUCACUUCAAGAAGACCCCACCGUACUUCAAACCAGGAAUGCCGUAUGAUGUCUCGGUACGUUUAAGAACAUUCAAUCACAGUGUUCUACAUUCUACAUUAACUCAAUUACUAUGCUAAUCCAAAGUGUUGCCCAGUUCUUUUAAACAUGGAAACCAACCAGCUAACUGUGGUCAAGGGGUAGGAUGGUAUAUUGGGAUUGCACUGUCUUUCCCACCUAUUGGUCUAAUUGUACCUCUUUCCAUUUGUACCAUUAGGUGUAUGUGACCAAUCCAGAUGAUUCUCCAGCCAAAGAUAUCGAUGUGGAGAUUUUACACAACGACAAAAAAGAGCAGGAGAAGACCAAUGACAAUGGUAUUGCCAGAAUGACCAUUAACACGGAGGCGGGCACUGCUGAGCUGUCAAUCAAGGCAAGUUCAAAACCAAAACUUGGUUUUUAAUUGUGUCAAGAACAGUGUUGAAGCCUUGUAGUCAUUCAUUUUGUUGCUCCAUUUCAACACAGGUGAAAACCAACGUCAAUGGACUUGGAGAUGACAGGCAGGAUGAACAGAACAUGACUGCCAAGCCCUAUCAAACAAAAGACAACUCAAAAAACUACAUUCACAUAAACAUCCAUUCUGCAGAGGUCAAAAUCGAAGAUAAACUCAAAGUAGACCUAAGCCUCGGCAACAGACAUAUGAUCCAAAAUGACAAACAUGAAAUAACCUACCUGGUGUGUACCAGUCAACUUUAAUCACUUAGACUUGUGCAUUUGACCUAGCUGGGGUGCAUUGGUUGGCAACAUUACAGGGCAAAAAUUAUGCAUGGUGUGUAUGUAUUUUACUCGAGUGUGGUAUGUAAAAAAAUAUAUACAGUGGGGAGAACAAGUAUUUGAUACACUGCCGAUUUUGCAGGUUUUCCUACUUACAAAGCAUGUACAUGUCUGUAAUUUUUAUCAUAGGUACACUUCAACUGUGAGAGACGGAAUCUAAAACAAAAAUCCAGAAAAUCACAUUGUAUGAUUUUUAAGUAAUCAAUUUGCAUUUUAUUGCAUGACAUAAGUAUUUGAUCACCUACCAACCAGUAAGAAUUCCGGCUCUCACAGACCUGUUAGUUUUUCUUUAAGAAGCCCUCCUGUUCUCCACUCAUUACCUGUAUUAACUGCACCUGUUUGAACUCGUUACCUGUAUAAAAGACACCUGUCCACACACUCAAUCAAACAGACUCCAACCUAUCCACAAUGGCCAAGACCAGAGAGCUGUGUAAGGACAUCAGGGAUAAAAUUGUAGACCUGCACAAGGCUGGGAUGGGCUACAGGACAAUAGGCAAGCAGCUUGGUGAGAAGGCAACAACUGUUGGCGCAAUUAUUAGAAAAUGGAAGAAGUUCAAGAUGACGGUCAAUCACCCUCGGUCUGGGGCUCCAUGCAAGAUCUCACCUCGUGGGGCAUCAAUGAUCAUGAGGAAGGUGAGGGAUCAGCCCAGAACUACACGGCAGGACCUGGUCAAUGACCUGAAGAGAGCUGGGACCACAGUCUCAAAGAAAACCAUUAGUAACACACUACGCCAUCAUGGAUUAAAAUCCUGCAGCACACGCAAGGUCCCCCUGCUCAAGCCAGCGCAUGUCCAGGCCCGUCUGAAGUUUGCAAUGACCAUCUGGAUGAUCCAGAGGAGGAAUGGGAGAAGGUAAUGUGGUCUGAUGAGAUAAAAAUUUAGCUUUUUGGUCUAAACUCCUUUCGCCGUGUUUGGAGGAAGAAGAAGGAUGAGUACAACCCCAAGAACCCCAUCCCAACCGUGAAGCAUGGAGGUGGAAACAUCAUUCUUUGGGGAUACUUUUCUGCAAAGGGGACAGGACGACUGCACCGUAUUGAGGGGAGGAUGGAUGGGGCCAUAUAUCGCGAGAUCUUGGCCAAAAACCUCCUUCCCUCAUUAAGAGCAUUGAAGAUGGGUCGUGGCUGGGUCUUCCAGCAUGACAACGACCCGAAACACACAGCCAGGGAAACUAAGGAGUGGCUUUGUAAGAAGCAUCACAAGGUCCUGGAGUGGCCUAUCCAGUCUCCAGACCUGAACCCAAUAGAAAAUCUUUGGAGGGAGCUGAAAGUCCGUAUUGCCCAGCGACAGCCCCGAAACCUGAAGGAUCUGGAGAAGGUCUGUAUGGAGGAGUGGGCCAAAAUCCCUGCUGCAGUGUGUGCAAACCUGGUCAAGACCUACAGGAAACAUAUGAUCUCUGUAAUUGCAAACAAAGGUUUCUGUACAAAAUAUUAAGAUCUGCUUUUCUGAUGUAUCAAAUACUUAUGUCAUGCAAUAAAAUGCAAAUUCAUUACUUAAAAAUCAUACAAUGUGAUUUUCUGGAUUUUGGUUUUAGAUUCUGUCUCUCACAGUUGAAGUGUACCUAUGAUAAAAAUUACAGACCUCUACAUGCUUUGUAAGUAGGAAAACCUGCAAAAUCGGCAGUGUAUCAAAAACUUGUUCUCCCCACUGUAUAUAUAUAUAUAUUUUUUUUGUUGAAAAACUUAAAAGUGCAGAGGUGCCGCUUUGAGCAAGGAACAAUAACCCUGGGUCUUGAUCCUUACUUAAACCUGGAACUCUCUGACUCCACCAAUCACUGGCUGGCACUCUUUUCCAGUUAGAGCCAGUUUGUCGUCCCCGUAGGGAUGAAUACUGACAAUUACCGGUCUCUGUGUUCACAGAUCUUGAGCAAAGGACAGCUCAUUUACUCCAAAAAGUUAGAGUGGAAGAAGGGAAAUAAUCUGAUGUCAGAGACACUGACGGUGAACAAGGAUAUGAUCCCCUCCUUCCGUGUCGUGGCGUAUUACCACGUGGGCCAGACAGAGGUUGUGUCUGACUCUGUAUGGGUCGACGUCAAGGACACGUGCAUGGGAUCGGUAAGAAUGUUGCCUUACUGUGCAGAGCCCAUCGUCUAGUGGUAACACUCGGCUCUAGUCACAUCGUCCACUCUCCACUGGAGAUCGGGGUUCAAUUCCCGUGUCCACCCUUUCUACUGUUAUACCCAUUUGCCUGUCUCCCCCUCUUAAAACUGUUGCCUUACUGUGUUAGUAUUUCUAUGUGAGGUAUUGCAUUCAAGACUUCUCAAACAUUACCUCCGUCUGUGUCCCACAGCUAAAUGUGGAGGCUGUCAGACCCAGUGCUAGUUAUGCACCUGGGGAAAUAGUCACCCUGUCUAUCAUUGGUGAUCCAGAGGCCAUGGUGGGACUUGUGGCCGUGGAUAAGGGGGUCUACAUCCUGAAUGACAAAAGCCGACUUACUCAGACUAAGGUGAAGAUCUGUAGACUAAACAUUCCCUACUUCUGCCACCUAAUUAAUAUUAUCAUCUAAAUUGUGCAUAAUUGUUUUUUUAUUGAUGUUAGUCCAUACCUACAGUGAGUCCGACAUUAUUGACACGCGUGAAAAAGAUGUGUAAUAAUGACUGUAUAAAAGAAAUACUGAGCUACAGUGGGGGAAAAAAGUAUUUAGUCAGCCACCAAUUGUGCAAGUUCUCCCACUUAAAAAGAUGAGAGAGGCCUGUAAUUUUCAUCAUAGGUACACGUCAACUAUGACAGACAAAUUGAGCAUUUUUUUCUCCAGAAAAUCACAUUGUAGGAUUUUUUAUGAAUUUAUUUUCAAAUUAUGGUGGAAAAUAAGUAUUUGGUCACCUACAAACAAGCAAGAUUUCUGGCUCUCAUAGACCUGUAACUUCUUCUUUAAGAGGCUCCUCUGUCCUCCACUCGUUACCUGUAUUAAUGGCACCUGUUUGAACUUGUUAUCAGUAUAAAAGACACCUGUCCACAACCUCAAACAGUCACACUCCAAACUCCACUAUGGCCAAGACCAAAGAGCUGUCAAAGGACACCAGAAACAAAAUUGUAGACCUGCAUCAGGCUGGGAAGACUGAAUCUGCAAUAGGUAAGCAGCUUGGUUUGAAGAAAUCAACUGUGGGAGCAAUUAUUAGAAAUGGAAGACAUACAAGACCACUGAUAAUCUCCCUCGAUCUGGGGCUCCACGCAAGAUCUCACCUCGUGGGGUCAAAAUGAUCACAAGAACGGUGAGCAAAAAUCACAGAAACACACGGGGGGACCUAGUGAAUGACCUGCAGAGAGCUGGGACCAAAGUAACAAAGCCUACCAUCAGUAACACACUACGCCGCCAGGGACUCAAAUCCUGCAGUGCCAGACGUGUCCCCCUGCUUAAGCCAGUACAUGUCCAGGCCCGUCUGAAGUUUGCUAGAGUGCAUUUGGAUGAUCCAGAAGAGGAUUGGGAGAAUGUCAUAUGGUCAGAUGAAACCAAAAUAUAACUUUUUGGUAAAAACUCAACUCGUCGUGUUUGGAGGACAAAGAAUGCUGAGUUGCAUCCAAAGAACACCAUACCUACUGUGAAGCAUGGGGGUGGAAACAUCAUGCUUUGGGGCUGUUUUUCUGCAAAGGGACCAGGACGACUGAUCCGUGUAAAGGAAAGAAUGAAUGGGGCCAUGUAUCGUGAGAUUUUGAGUGAAAACCUCCUUCCAUCAGCAAGGGCAUUGAAGAUGAAACGUGGCUGGGUCUUUCAGCAUGACAAUGAUCCCAAACACACCGCCCGGGCAACGAAGGAGUGGCUUCGUAAGAAGCAUUUCAAGGUCCUGGAGUGGCCUAGCCAGUCUCCAGAUCUCAACCCCAUAGAAAAUCUUUGGAGGGAGUUGAAAGUCUGUGUUGCCCAGCGACAGCCCCAAAACAUCACUGCUCUAGAGGAGAUCUGCAUGGAGGAAUGGGCCAAAAUACCAGCAACAGUGUGUGAAAACCUUGUGAAGACUUACAGAAAACGUUUGACCUGUGUCAUUGCCAACAAAGGGUAUAUAACAAAGUAUUGAGAAACUUUUGUUAUUGACCAAAUACUUAUUUUCCACCAUAAUUUGCAAAUAAAUUCAUAAAAAAUCCCAAUCUCAUUUUGUCUGUUAUAGUUGACGUGUACCUAUGAUAAAAAUUACAGGCCUCUCUCAUCUUUUUAAGUGGGAGAACUUGCACAAUUGGUGGCUGACUAAAUACUUUUUUCCCCCACUGUAUAUUGCGUGUCCCAAAAAAUUGGGAAAUUAUAUUAUUUUAUACUAAUACAAUUGCUCAGAGAAAGAGAUUUUGUUUAACAACUAAUAAAAAUAAGGUAGGGGUCAAAAGUAUUGACACCCCUAAAGAUUCUUAUAAAUAAAAUAGUCAAAUGUUUAGUAUACAUUAGUUGAUUUAUUAUUUUAUACAGUCAUUAUUGCUGAUCUUUAUCAAUGGUGUCAAUUAUUUCAGACCCCACGGAAUGUAUUUCAUGUGGGUAUAAAAAAAGUGACGUGCUUUUUAAAAUGCAUUUAAAAAAAGAAUUCCCAUGUGGGUACAGUGCAUUCAGAAAGUAUUCAGACCCCUUGACUUUUUCCACAUUUUUCUACGAUACAGCGUUAUUCUAACAUGGAUUAAAUAGUUUUUUUCCCUCAUCAAUCUACACACAAUACCCCAUAAUGACAAAGCAAAAACAGGUUUUUAGAAUUUUGGGCAUAUUUACAUAUAUAUAAAAAAACGGAAAUAUCACAUUUAAAUAAGUAUUCAGACCCUUUACUCAGUACUUUGUUGAAGCAUCUUUGGCAGCGAUUACAGGCUCAAGUAUUGUUAGGUAUGACACUGCAAGCUUGGCACACCUGUAUUUGGGGAGUUUCUCCCAUUCUUCUCUGCAGAUCCUCUCAAGCUCUGUCAGGUUGGAUGGGGAGCGUCGCUGCACAGCUAUUUUCAGGUCUCUCCUUCGAUCGGGUUCAAGUCCGGGCUCUGGCUGGGCCACUCAAGGACUUUCAGAGACUUGUCCCGAAGCCACUCCUGCAUUGUCUUGGCUGUGUGCGUAGGGUCGUUGUCCUGUUGGAAGGUGAACCUUCGCCCCAGUCUGAAGUCCUGAGCGCUCUGGAGCAGGUUUACAUCAAGGAUCUCUCUGUAGUUUGCUCCGUUCAUCUUUCCCUCGAUCCUGUGGAACCUUAUAUAGACAGGUGUGUGCCUUUCCAAAUCAUGUUCAAUCAAGUGAAUUUACCACAGGUGGAUAUCUCAACAUCUCAAGGAUGAUAAAUGGAAACAGGAUGCACCUGAGCUCCAUUUCAAGUAUUAUAGCAAAGGGUCUGAAUAGUGAUGUAUGUUUUUUUUUUAUAUACAGUGAGGAGAACAAGUAUUUGAUACACUACCGAUUUUGCAGGUUUUCCUACUUACAAAGCAUGUAGAGGUCUGUAAUUUUUAUCAUAGGUACACUUCAACUGUGAGAGAAAAUCCAGAAAAUCACAUUGUAUGAUUUUUAAGUAAUGAAUUUGCAUUUUAUUGCAUGACAUAAGUAUUUGAUCACCUACCAAUCAGUAAGAAUUCCGGCUCUCACAGACCUGUUCGUUUUUCUUUAAGAAGCCCUCCUGUUCUCCACUCAUUACCUGUAUUAACUGCACCUGUUUGAACUCGUUACCUGUAUAAAAGACACCUGUCCACACACUCAAUCAAACAGACUCCAACCUCUCCACAAUGGCCAAGACCAGAGAGCUGUGUAAGGACAUCAGGGAUACAAUUGUAGACCUGCAAAAGUCUGGGAUGAGCUACAGGACAAUAGGCAAGCAGCUUGGUGAGAAGGCAACAACUGUUGGCGCAAUUAUUAGAAAAUGGAAGAAGUUAAAGAUGACGGUCAAUCACCCUCGGUCUGGGGCUCCAUGCAAGAUCUCACCUUGUGGGGCAUCAAUGAUCAUGAGGAAGGUGAGGGAUCAGCCCAGAACUACACGGCAGGACCUGGUCAAUGACCUGAAGAGAGCUGGGACCACAGUCUCAAAGAAAACCAUUAGUAACACACUACGCCGUCAUGGAUUAAAAUCCUGCAGCGCACGCAAGGUCCCCCUGCUCAAGCCAGCGCAUGUCCAGGCCCGUCUGAAGUUUGCCAAUGACCAUCUGGAUGAUCCAGAGGAGGAAUGGGAGAAGGUCAUGUGGUCUGAUGAGACAAAUAUAGAGCUUUUUGGUCUAAACUCCACUCGCCGUGUUUGGAGGAAGAAGAAGGAUGAGUACAACCCCAAGAACACCAUCCCAACCAUGAAGCAUGGAGGUGGAAACAUCAUUCUUUGGGGAUGCUUUUCUGCAAAGGGGACAGGACGACUGCACCGUAUUGAGGGGAGGAUGGAUGGGGCCAUGUAUCAUGAGAUCUUGGCCAACAACCUCCUUCCCUCAGUAAGAGCAUUGAAGAUGGGUCGUGGCUGGGUCUUCCAGCAUGACAACGACCUGAAACACACAGCCAGGGCAACUAAGGAGUGGCUCCAUAAGAAGCAUCUCAAGGUCCUGGAGUGGCCUAGCCAGUCUCCAGACCUGAACCCAAUAGAAAAUAUUUGGAGGGAGCUGACAGUCCGUAUUGCCCAGCGACAGCCCCGAAACCUGAAGGAUCUGGAGAAGGUCUGUAUGGAGGAGUGGGCCAAAAUCCCUGCUGCAGUGUGUGCAAACCUGUAACGUAACAAAAUGUGGAAAAAGGGAAGGGGUCUGAAAACUUUCCAAAUGCACUGUAUUUAACAAAAUUGUACUUGGGAAACUGGUUGGCUUGAUAAAUCAAAUUAAUGUAUGAUGAAAUUCAGCUUGGAGAAUCUUUCAAAUAAAAACAAUAUGCUAAAUGGGUUUUUGAUAGAUGCAACAUUUCCGUUCGUACUAUGUCCUCUUAGACUUAAAUAAAUUUGGACAAAACAGAAGAUAGCACCCUCCUUGCCCACCAACACUUGCGAAUGUUUUGGGACUUAGCUGAUUUGUGUGUAUGUGUGUUUUUGGUUUUACUAUCCUUGUGCGGACCAGAAGUCCUCACAAGGAUAGUAAAAUAGGAAAGUGGGGACAUUUCGCAGGUCCCCACACGGAAAAGGUUAUUUUAGGCUUAGGGGUUAGGGUUAGAAUUAGGGUUAGAGGUUUAGGUUUAGCGUUAAGGUUAGGGUUAGGGUUGGGUUAGUGAUUAGGGAAAAUAGGAUUUUGAAUGGGAAUCAAUUGUUUUGUCCAUACAAGGAUAGUAAAAUGUGUGUGUGUGUGUGUGUGUGUGUGUGUGUGUGUGUGUGUGUGUGUGUGUGUGUACAUGGCAUGGGUAUGUACAUGAAUCCAUCCUUAGAUCUGGGACAUAAUAGAGAAACAUGACACAGGCUGCACUGCAGGGAGUGGAAAGGACAGUAUGGGGGUUUUCUACGAUGCUGGGCUGGUGUUUGCAUCCAACACUGCAGGGGGCACCCCUCAGAGGACAGGUAUGUGAAGCAUAAGGCCUCUACAUAAAAGCUGCAAUACACAUUCAGGCCUGCCUGGUCUUGUGUGGCCAGCCUUCCAAAAUCCUUUCUCGUUCACUUGACUAUUGGAAGUCAGGCGAACUUCACAUUUGGAUUUCUAGUUUGAAUGGGAACGGUCGGAGUCAAUUGCAUUCAGCGCUCUGAUUUUAUUGCCUUAGUAGGCGAACACAAUUGGCCCAGCGUCGUCCAGGGUAGGGGAGGGAAUGGCCGGCAGGGAUGUAGCUCAGUUGAUAGAGCAUGGCGUUUGCAACGCCAGGGUUGUGGGUUCGAUUCCCACGGGGGGCCAGUAUAAAAAUAUAUUUAUUCACUAACUGUAAGUCGCUCUGGAUAAGAGCGUCUGCUAAAUGACUAAAAUGUAAAUGUAGAGGCAUUUCCUUGUAUUUCGCUUUUUUCCUUGUUUUGUCCGUGUCUCUGUUAUGGUAGCCUAUGCGGCAUUUGUUUUGUAUCUUAUGCAUUCUAGCUUGUUGCAAGUCAGAGGUAUUUUUUAAAACUCAAUGUCUCUUUGGAACUGCACCUAUUCAAAAUACUUUAUUGGUUUGAUAGAAGCAAUGCGUCACUACCAACUGAGCACAAACUGGUUGAAUCAAUGUUGUUUCAACAUCAUUUGUCAACAUAUUGUAAUGUUGAAUCUAUGUGGAAAAUACAUUGGAUUUGAAAAAAGUAAUCAACGUAAACUGUUGUUUUGAGGGUGAAAUUUCAACCACAGGAUUAUGUCAUCAUGGUGACCAAAUUUCAACAUAGACAAACCUUUGAAUUUGUACCUUUAAAACAACGUCAGAUCUUCAACGUUAUAUCCAGUAUCAGAAAAAAAAACUAUAGGCUGGGCAGCACCUCCAACUGGAGACUUGAUCUAUCAACAGCUACCCUUUGGUCUCCCAUCUAGGGUUUUAACCAAGCCCUGCUUAGCUAUGAUAUGUGUCACUUAAUAUUACUAUGUAUUUUAUUUUUAUAUAACUAGGCAAGUCAGUUAAGAACAAAUUCUUAUUUACAAUGACGGCCUACCCCGGCAAAACCCUCCCCUAACCCGGACGACGCUGGGCCAAUUGUGCGCCGCUAGCACAUUAGACCGCUCCGCCACUCGGGAGCCCAAUUAUUACUAAUGUGCUAUCAUGAGAAUGAUUGUUGUAAGAGCUCCACUUAAAAACGAAAUAGAUUCACUUUUGCUAUCGAAGUCAUUCCAAUGGGUAGUUUUAACAGAGCAAAUGAAAUGUGACCAUACUUUAUCACUCAUAUACAGUGCAUUUUGUUAUGUUACAGCCUUAUUCUAAAAUUGACACACACAAUACCCCAUAAUGACAAAGUGAAAACAUGUGUUUAGAAAUGUUUGCAAAUUAAUAAAAAAUAAAAUACAGAAAUACCUUAUUUACAUAAGUAUUCAGACUAUUUGCUAUGAGACCCGAAAUGUAUCUCAGGUGCAUCCUGUUUCCAUUGAUCAUCCUUGAGAUGUUUCUACAACUUGAUUGGAAUCCACCUGUGGUAAAUGUAAUUGAUUGAACAUGAUUUGGAAAGGCACACAACUGACCUGUCUAUAUAAGGUCCCACAGUUCACAGUGCAUGUCAGAGCAAAAACCAAGCCAUUAGGUCGAAGGAAUUAACAAAAUGUGGAAAAAGUCAAGGGGUCUGAAUACUUUCUGAAUGCACUGUAUCAUGAAUUUGCAAAGUCAUCAACAGCUAUUGUUUCAAUUCAACACAGGAUUUAACAACAAUUAUAAACUGGGUCGUUCGAGCCCUGAAUGCUGAUUGACUGACAGCAAUGGUAUAUCAGACCGUAUACCACGAGUAUGACAAAACAUGUAUUUUUACUGCUCUAAUUAUGUUGGUAACCAGUUUAUAAUAGCAAUAAGGCACCUCAGGGGUUUGUGGUAUAUGGCCAAUAUACCAUGGCUAAGGGCUGUAUCCAAGCACUCCGCGUUGCGUCGUGCUUAAGAACAGCCCUUAGCCUUGGAUAUUGGCUAUAUACCACACCCCCUCAGGCCUUAUUGCUUAAAUAGACAAUACAUAUUGUAGGACUAGGGUUUCAAGCUCUGGUUGAUUUCAAAAUUAAUUAUAUUUAUUGAUAUUGAAUUAUGUUUGGUGGUCAACGCUGUAUCUUCUGCUUGGUAGUUCCAUCUUUGCCACUGACUUAGUCUGUCUUUAAUUCCAGUUUGUCUACAAAUUAAUAAUAUAUAUAUUGGAUUCACGCCUCCUUCUCAACCAAAAAUCAAAGAUGAAGAAUAGGACUAAAUCAAAUCAAACUUUAUUUAAAGUGCAAAUUAAGUUUGAUUUGAUUUAGUCCUAUUCUUUCAUUUAGAUUUUUGUUUGGGAUGGAGACCGUAAAUUGUCUAAAGGUAAGGCUAUUUUACAAACUAAUGUAACAUUCAACCUUAAAAUGAGUAACACAUCCAUGGCCACAUAUUGAGGUUACUGUAACUAUAAAUGUCUUCUUAUGUAAUCAUAUAAAGCAUGCAUGUUCAAGAUAGCAUGCAUAGGUCGUCGCAGCUCUGUGGAGAUCUUCACAUUGCUGUAAUAAUCUGCGCAGAAUCUCAAACAGCAAUAAUCAUUUGGACCAUGUACUUUUAACCUUUAUUUAACUAGGCAAGUCAGUUAAGAACAAAUUCUUAUUUUCAAUGACGGCCUACCCCGGCGACACUGGGCCAAUUAUGCACCGCCCUAUGGGACUCCCAAUCACGGCCAAAUUGUGAUACAGUCUGGAAUCGAACCAGGGUCUGUAGUGACGCCUCUAGCACUAAAAUGCAGUGCCUUAGACUGCUGCGCCACUCGGGAGCCCUAGUAAUCUCAACUGCAAUCCAGGUGAUUUGGUUCUGCUAUUAGAUGAAGCACAGUGAUAACGCAUUAAUCUGUUGUAUAAAUAAACAAAAUAUCUGACAUUGUAUUCCCAUUUGAACUUUGCUAUGUUUUUAAAUGGUUGAAAGCGCAGUGAUAGACAUUUGGGUGACAACUAAACCAAAAAUCGGACAUUGUUUUUCCAUUGGAAUUUUGCUUUUAGAUGUUUGAAAGCAUAGUGAUAACACAUUAGAAAUUCAAUAACUGUCGGCUGUUUUUUUGAGUGGGUGAAUAUAGGUUGUAAUCUCAUUGAUCAAUGCUAGCAAUUUCCUUCAAACUGCACGCAGAGACAUAAAAAUGGUAUCCUUGAGUUAAUCUGAACAUUGACAAAUUGACAAUCUCUUUAACCUGAUCUGAAUGUGUGCAAAAGAUGUGUUGGCCGAAAAUUGGAUGUUGUGUGUCUCCCAAAACCACAGGCAGUCAGCUUAAUUCUACUUCUGACCUCAUAAGGGUUGAUACCUUGGUUGGCCACGCAGAGUUGUUAGCAUUUCUAGACAUUUUGUAAAAGUCUUACAACAUAGUGUCACGGUUUCGGACGAGGCUGCUCCUCCUGUGCAGUAAAGUCGGUUUGACUUAGCUUCUGUGUCCUGCGUGUGACUCCUCCACCACAUCCACAUCAGCCGGUUCUGACACAUAGCAAAAAGAUACCAAGGACUACUAAGCGUUUGUUUUCGGACACACACAACACCUGCUCACUCAUUCGUACACUGAUACAUCACUCUCUUUCCCUUCGUUGAGCCCUCCCUUUACUUUGUUUCAUGCUUUUGUUUAGUCUGGCUUUGUUUUGUUUUGAUUACUGUUUUUUUUUUUCAUUUCUACAAUUGUAAAGCGACUUUGGUUCUUUGCAAAGCGCUAUAUAAUCCUAUGUAUUAUUAUUAUAAUUGUUAUUAUUACUUAAGUUAAAAAAUACACUAUUGGCAGAUUACAAUAUCACAUUUCAGCAGGUUAUCAGCUGAUGUAUCAUAUAUCACUUCACCAUUGUAUCUGAGUUUGGUUGAUGUAGGCCUAAUACAUUUGUCCUUAAUAUUGUCUUGCCAAGUUUUCCAGGUAUGUUUUGUGCAUUGAAAUCAGUCUUGUUCUUCGUGUGCUUUAGUCUCCGGCUGCCCUGUCAACUCAAGGAGACGACGAGCAGUGACUAUAAAUGAUGUCGUAACCACACUGGGUAGGACAAGAGUUUCUCUGCUUUCGAUGCCUGAUCAUAAAACUGGAUGUUUUUGUUUUAACUAUGUACUGUAUGUAUCUAUGUACGCAUGUACAUAUGUAUUUAUUAGUAGAACUUAGUACUACUUUCUUACCAAAUAGACAUAUGUUGCAAGGAUGUCAAAUAGUGUUUUAUUGUUUAUGUUUUCAACCUCUGGGAAUGAGAACCAAUUGUGAAAUAGGAAGACCGCUGUCCAGAUUGGCCACUAAACAAACUUCAAAUGAUGUUCAGAUGUUCGUAUUUUUAUUCAUUGAAUUGUAUUCAUUUAAAAUUCCUUUAACUCUCAGCAAUGGGUUUCCCCAAAGCUUUUGCAGAUCACUCUGCCAUCCCACUGACAAUGCACUUCUCUCUGUCCUAGCGAGCCAGUACACAGGCAUGGAGAGACAGUGCUGCAUGGACGGUAUAAGGAAGAACAUUCUAGAUUACACUUGCGAGCGGCGUGCCCAAUACAUCAGCGAUGGAACAGAGUGUGUGGAAGCCUUCCUGAAAUGUUGUAGAGAAAUGGCCACCAAACGCGAAGAGACCAGGACUGACCAGCUCAUAUUAGCCCGCAGUAAGUAAAACAACUGUAGUGGACUGGAACACUAUGGAAAUCCAGUGUGAUAAACAAAACCAGUGUGAAUGUAUAAAAUAUUCUGGUAUUCCCUUCUAUGUAAAAGAGAAAUACAUUCACAGUGAUGUGAACUGUCUGACUUUUUGUCACUCUUGGUAAGGUGAGGAUAACGAUGACGAUUUUGAAAGUUUUUACAACAUCAUUUCCCGUUCCUUCUUCCCUGAGAGUUGGCUAUGGAAUGAGGAGAGUCUGCCACAGUGUCCUAACAAAAAGCAGUGGUAAGAUCAGUAUUUAGUGAGAUCGUUCAAUGCACUACAGUAAAAUGCCUUCUUAUGCAUAUCCCUUUUCCCUUGUAAAAAAAAUCCUACCUAUUUUCUUUCUCUUUUUACCAUUUAGUGCUAAACAGAAAAAUAUAAACUUACCGGAAUCCAUCACCACCUGGCAGAUCACUGCCAUUGGCCUGUCCAAAACACAUGGUACUGUCACUUAUUUGUGCCCCUCUUUCUAUGUUGAUGCCUACUCUUUCUACAUCUUAUGGCAACUCUUGCUCUUGCUCAAUAGGAAUCUGUGUGUCUGAACCCUUUCCGCUGACUGUUUGGAAGAAGUUCUUCCUUGAUCUGAAGCUGCCCUACUCUGCCGUACGCAAUGAGCAGCUGGAAAUCAAAGCCAUUCUUCACAACUACAGGGAGGACACUAUAACGGUAAACUUAUUGUAAUUUAAAAGCAGGCACGCAACCCAGACCGUCUUGAGUUGAACCUGCAGAUGCAGGUAUACAGAGUAAAUGGCUAGAUUGCCCAAAUAUUUCAUUCUAAAAUCAGUAUGACCCCUUCUGUGCCUGAUUAUUAUUAUUAUUAUUAUUAUUAUUAUUAUUAUUAUACCAUUCAGUGUGGUAUUUAUCAGAUUAGAUGCACGGUGAUGUGACUACACCCUCUCCACCUUAAUGGCAGGUCCGUGUAGAACUGAGGAAGACAUCAGACGUUUGCAGCUCUGCCAGCAAGAAAGGGAAGUAUAUUGUUACUGUUAUGGUGGACGCCAGGUCCACACGAAGUGUCCCCUUUGUCAUCAUCCCCAUGAAGCUGGGCCUCCAUACCAUCGAGGUGAAGGCCUCCGUCCGAGGUUCGGAUAGUCAAGACGGUGUUAAGAAGGAGCUACGUGUGGUGGUAAGGCAAACCAUCGCUUCUUGACAGAUGAAUCUAGUAUCUACCCUGAGGAUGAUAUGGAAUUUAUAUAUGAACAUGUGUCGAUCAGUGUGAAUCUGAUUGAUUGAGUCUGAAAUCCCAGUCCUUGAAAAAUAAGGGCAGCCAUCUUACCGUUAUGCUAAUAGGUAAAACCUGGAGAAGAGUAGAAGGCGCUCAACCAAUUUGAGAUGAGGUGCCACAUAAAAAAAUUAUAAUCCAAUUGUAACCAAUAAGUGGGGUUCUCUGGGCCAACAUAGGGAAGAGGCCCUUGCCCUUCACAGAAACAUCCUGUAGUCAAUGUAGCCGUUUUCAAAUGACUAAGUUAUUGAAACAAGGUUUUGACUCAUUAAGAAUGUGACCUUUCCCAACCUAUCCGAGGUGCAGGUUGGCAAUAUUUGGUGCCAUCCAUGUAACCUUCAGUCGAACUACACUGUAAGAGGGCGUCAAACUUAAAAUAAUUAGUGUUGCAGGAAAAGAGGAAGGUAGACUGGUAUCAGUUCUUAAAUCAAGAUGUUCUGGUACCUUGAAGUUACCUGUCUUUAUGAUAAGAUGGCAGAGUAGAAAGCUCCCAAUAUCAAACACAAUGGGUCUGCCUGUCCAGGCCCUUGUGGAUCUUCAGUUACGUGUAGAAGAGGGGGAUGUUGGACAUACAGGAAUACUCUCAUUUUCUCCUCAGUGAUUUAACGCUUCCACCAAUGUCUCCUUUGACCCCUUUUUCGUGAUAUCCAAUUGGUAGUUACGAUCUUGUCUCAUCGCUGCAACUCCCAACGGGCUCGGGAGAGGCGAAGGUCGAGUCAUGCGUCCUCUGAAACAUGAACCGCCAAGCCGUGCUGCAUCAUAACACACUGCUCGCUUAACCCGGAAGCCAGCCGCACCAUUCAACUCACAACCGAUGUCAGCUUGCAGGCGCCUGGCCCACCACAAGGAGACGCUAGAGCGCGAUGAGCCAAGGAAAGCCCUCCGGACAAACCCUCCCCUAACCUGGACGGCACUGGGCCAAUUGUGUGCUGCCCUAUGGAGUCCCCGGCGGGCUGUGACACAGCCUGGGAUGGAACCCCAGACUGUAGUGGCGCGUCAGCACUGCCAGUAUCCAUAAUCACUGUCGCCCACCCUGGUCCACUUGAUGAAAAUAUUGAGGGUAGGAUCAGACUGUAGUUUUUUCAGGCACUCCUAUUGGCUCAGAUUUUUUGUUUUUGUUUUGUUUAUUCUGCUCACACCAGACUUUUACCUCGUCUUCCACAAGGUAUUAAUGGGUUUGAACUGCAUCUCUUCAAGACAGGUGGAUUGGGUAACACUUGUGAGGGUAAAAAACACAUACUCUGGUAGUGCUGAACAUUUUCUGGUCAAUAGAAAUGUUAAAGUCAAUAAUAGGUGUUUUGUAACAAAAUAUGAAUCUUGAUUAAGAAGGGAGAUUUCAGCUGGUGCAAGGUGCUUUUCGAAGAGGUUGACUAUUUGGCUCGUCUGGCGUUGUACUGGUGCGUCAAAACCUGUCAGCAAAUACAGUAAGCUCUUCUUUAAUGUAAAAUAUACCCAAUGGGACUCCUUGUACUAACAUCUGAUGGUCCAUGAGACCAUUGUCCUCAUUUUUGAUACCAAAGUAAUGUGGCGGUUCUUGAACCAUGAAUCUUUGGUAACUGGAAAGCCCAGCUAUUUUACUAUGAUUCCAGACUAUUCCCAUAAGACGUAGGCCUAUUUGUUGUUCAAGUAAAUACUUUAUCGCCCCUAUUUGGAUAACCUAGGCCACCAGGUGAAUUGUUGUAAUUCAAGCAAAAAACAUGUAUGUUGAGUUGAUAAAUAAGCAUAAGAGCAAAUUACAGUGUUUUCAUUCUAACAAUGACAGGCCGAAGGGGUGCUGACAAGGCUUCUGGUGAAGAAUGUGGAACUGGAUCCCGCAAGACAUGGUAAGUGUAGCAUAUACAGAUGUAGAUCAUCUAUAGUUCCAGUGACAAUGUUGCCAUUCGUUGCACUGAUGAGUAUCAUGAUGGUUGAUAAUAUACAAUUUCCUCUCUUAAUAUGCAAGUCAAAUUGUAUGGCUCUACCUGUAGGUGAGACUGAAUGGAAAAACUCGUAACAACUGUUUACAUUGUUUGCUCUCUCUCUCUCUCUCUCUCACUCUCACUCUCACGCUCUCUCUCUCUCUCUCUCUCUCUCUCUGUCUCUCUCUCUGUCUUUGUCUCUGUCUCUCUCCGGUUAAAAGGGGGGACUGAUACUGUGCGUGUUAGGAAUGGUGCACUGACUAACCAGGUUCCAAAUACACCUGCCAGAACACACAUAAGUGUGACAGGUGAGACAGCAUGAUCUGACACACACAUGGACCAUUUAGAAAUGUACUGUGAAUACGUGUUAACAACAUUACUUGAAUAAGCUAGAGUUGCCCUAGGCUCACUAGUCUCGUCUGGAUUCACAAAGCUAGAUGACCACAGAGUGGCAAAUGUAUCUGCCAUGGCUAUUAAGAUCAUCAGUAGGUCUAUAGAAUAAAACAUUUUGUGGAGCUUCGGAAGCUUACACUCUUAGAAAAUGGGUUCUUCAGCCUCUGGGGAAAGGGUUCUAACCUGUAACCAAAAGGGUUAUUCUAUGAGGACAGCCGAAGAACCCUUUUAGGUUCUAGAUAGCACCUUUUUUCUAAGAGUGUAGUGUAGGGAUAAGUCGAGAUCCGUAAUAAUGCUGUUGUAGUGUAGGUCUAUUGCUCCAUGGUAUUCUUUAUCAUUUCUGCUAUGAAAAUAUCUUUGUCAUGUUGUCACUGACCAUUGAGUAAGUCAUAUUCCAGUUAUUAUUAUGUUUAAUUGUCUGUAUUUAUAAUGUUUUAAUGUCUGCAUUUAUUAUAUUUUACUGUCUGCAGAUAUUAUUAUGUUUUACUAUCUGCAUCUUUUUAGGUGAGCAGUUGGCCCAGACGAUAGAGGCUGCCAUCAGUGGUUCACCCCUGGGCGACCUCCUUCGCCAACCAGGUGGCUGUGGGGAGCAGAACAUGAUACGCAUGACUUUACCUCUCAUCGCCACACAUUACCUGGACAAGACCAAACAGUGGGAUAAGGUGGGAUUAGAACGCAGAAAGGAAGCAGUCAACUACAUUGAAAAAGGUGAGAAAGUUAUGAAUGGAGUAUUUAGCAUUGAUAACAUUGAUUGGAGUAUUUGCAUUAUAGUUAUGCUAUUGGCCUAAUGUUACAGUGAAGUUUUAGCAAUUCAUGUUUUUGUUUAUCACAUUUGAUUUGGUUAACAACAACACAAAAAGCAAUAGUUAGAUUUUGGACGUUUUUUAAUUUUUAUGCUUGAACAGAUCAGGGGUGGGUUUCCUAGACUUUGUAGCGAACUUGGUACUUUAUCUCUCGACAAUCAGUGAUGUAGGUGUAAAUUAAAAUAGGUGGGUAAAUGCCCACUUUGGGGUGAGUAACGCGCCCUAUAUUUUCAAUGCAUUUUUCCGCGAUUCGUGGGUAAACGGCCACUCAAAAUAAGUGUGUUUACUUCCACUACACUACUGUCGACAACCCAGGCUGUACGCUACUAGUACAAAAUAAAAUUGCUUCAUUUGACGACGUUUGUUUGUAAACGAAUUGCAGACUGCAGCUUUAACUGAAUUGUAAAUAUAAACAAAAAAGAUGUGAAAAUGUUAAAUGUUUGUUCAUAUGAUUCUAACCUAUAAUUGAGUUAAAAUUGUUCAGAGAAAAAAAUAUUGAAAUUAUUAUUUUAUUCAAAAACAUGUGUGUCACAGUUGUUGGCAGCCCAAGAAAUUCUUAUGAACAAAAUCUAAUUUAUAUAUAUUCCGAUUAAGAUUUUAUUUUUUAAAGUUCAUCUGAGUCUUUGGGAACUCUUAAGUGCUCAAUGACUUCCUGUUUCACUGGGGUAUAAAUAUGAAGUGACACACAGGCUAAACUCCCUUAGUCAUCCAUCAGUGUGGGAAAGGCCAGAAAACAGAUAAAUGAAAUAAGACAAAAGGAUGUUGGCCUUCACAAAUCAGGCAAUGGCUAUAAAAUAGAUAGCUAAAUGCCUGUUGUCUCCACUGUUAAGGCAAUAAUUAAGAAAUGUAAAAUAACUGGAGCUGUGAUGAACAUGCCUGGAAGAGGACGCAAGUGUAUUUUGCCCCCACGCACAGUGAGAAAGAUGGUUCAAGUGGCAAAACAAUCUCCUAAGAUCAUAGUUGGAGAAUUGAAGAAGUUGGUUACAUCUUGGGGUCACCAAGUCUUCAAAACUACAAUUAGACGCCACCUUCAUGCCAACAAGUUAUUUGUAAGAGUUGCCAGAAGAAAGCCUCUGCUGUCACCAAACCACACAUUUAAGCACCUGGAGUUUCCUAAAUGUCAUUGGAACUUUGAUUGGAACCAGGUUCUGUGGUCUGAUGAGACUAAAAUAUAGCUUUUUGGCAACAAACACCAGAGGUGGGUUUGGCGUAAAAAGAGCCAUGUUCAUGCAGAAAAUAACCUAAUCCCCACUGUGAAGUAUAGUGGCGGAUUUGUGAUGUUGUGGGGCUGUUUUACUUCCAAAGGCCCUGGCAACCUUGUUAGGAUACAUGGCAUCAUGGACUCCAUCAAGUAUCAGGAGAUUUUAGGCCAAAACCUGUCUGCCUUUGCCAGGAGGCUAAAACUGGGUUGUUGUUGGAUCUUCCAGCAGGACAACGAUGCAAAGCAUACCCCCAAAUCCACACGAAAAUGGUUCACUGACCAUAGAAUCAAGCUUUUGCAAUGGCCAUCCCAGUCCCCUGACCUAAACCACAUUGAAAACCUGUGUUGUGAGCUGAAGAGGAGAGUCCACAAGUGAGGACCAAGGAAUCUGAAGGAUCUGGAGAGUUUCUCUAUGGAGGAAUGGUCUCAAAUCCCAUCCUAUGUGUUCUCCCACCUCAUCAAACAUUAUAGAAGUUGACUCAGAGCUGUUAUCUUGGCAAAGGAAGGGUGCACAAGGGACUAAAUGCAGGGGUGCCAAUAAUUGCGAAAUGCAUGUUUUUGAAUAAAAUUAUUAUUUCUUGAUGACGAUUUAUUUUAUUUUCGUAACAAUUUUAACUCAAUUAAAGGUUAGAUUCAUAUGAUAGUUUAGUGUAAGAUCAAGCUGAUAAACAACAAAUACAUUUUUCACAGCCUUUUUGGUUCAUAUUUACCUAGGGUGCCUAUAAUUCAAGACAAUAAGACCUCAUAAUGGUGAGAAAAGACCAGAAGCAGGUUACACUGUGAGGAAUCCACUUUAAGGAAUCACAAAUUAAGGCAAUUUACAGUGCCUUCGGAAAGUAUUCAUACCCCUUGACUUAUUCUCAAUUUUGUUGCGUUACAGCCUGAAUUCAAAAUGUAAUCAAUAUUUUUAAAAAUCUCACCCAUCUACACAUAAUACCCCAUAUUGACAAAGUGAAAACAUGUUUUUUGAAAUUUUAGCAAAUAUAUUGAAAAUGAAAUAUUGAAAUAUCUAAUUUACAUACACUACCAGUCAAAAGUUUGGACACACCUACUCAUACAAGGGUUUUUCUUUAUUUUUACUAUUUUCUACAUUGUAGAAUAAUAGUGAAGAUAUCAAAACUACGAAAUAACACAUAUGGAAUCAUGUAGUAACCAAAAAACUGUUGGAACCAGGUUCUGUGGUCUGAUGAGACAAAAAAAUAGCUUUUUGGCAACAAACACCAGAGGUGGGUUUGGCGUAAAAAGAGCCAUGUUCAUGCAGAAAAUAACCUAAUCCCCACUGGGGGCAGCGGCGUCAGGAAGUCCAGGACCCAGUUGCACAGGGCGGGGUUCAGACCCAGGGCCUCGAGCUUAAUGAUGAGCUUGGAGGGUACUAUGGUGUUGAAUGCUGAGCUAUAGUCAAUGAACAGCAUUCUUACAUAGGUAUUCCUCUUGUCCAGAUGGGAUGCAGCAGAGGUAACUCUGGGUCUUCCAUUCCUGUGGUGGUCCUCAUGAGAGCCAGUUUCAUCAUAACGCUUGAUGGUUUUUGCGACUGAACUUGAAGAAACUUUGGACUUAUUUGAGCUGUUCUUGCCAUAUUAUGGACUUGGUCUUUUACCAACUAAAAGCGGUGAAGUUGUCCUGUCCCCUUAGCAGAAAAACACCCCCAAAGCAUAAUGUUUCCACCUCCAUGUUUGACGGAGGGGAUGGUGUUCUUGGGGUCAUAGGCAGCAUUCCUCCUCCUCCAAACACGGCGAGUUGAGUUGAUGCCAAAGAGCUCGAAUUUGGUCUCAUCUGACCACAACACUUUCACCCAGUUCACCUCUGAAUCAUUCAGAUGUUCAUGGGCAAACUUCAGACGGCCCUGUAUAUGUGCUUUCUUGAGCAGGGGGACCUUGCGGGCGCUGCAGGAUUUCAGUCCUUCACGGCGUAGUGUGUUACCAAUUGUUUUCUUGGUGACUAUGGUCCCAGCUGCCUUGAGAUCAUUGACAAGAUCCUCCCGUGUAGUUCUGGGCUGAUUCCUCACCAUUCUCAUGAUCAUUGCAACUCCACGAGGUGAGAUCUUGCAUGGAGCCCCAGGCCGAGGGAGAUUGACAGUUAUUUUGUGUUUCUUCCAUUUGUGAAUAAUCGCACCAACUGUUGUCACCUUCUCACCAAGCUGCUUGGCGAUGGUCUUGUAGCCCAUUCCAGCCUUGUGUAGGUCUACAAUCUUGUCCCUGACAUCCUUGGAGAGCUCUUUGGUCUUGGCCAUGGUGGAGAGUUUGGAAUCUGAUUGAUUGAUUGCUUCUGUGGACAGGUGUCUUUCAUACAGGUAGCAAGCUGAGAUUAGGAGCACUCCCUUUAAGAGUGUGCUCCUAAUCUCAGCUCUUUACCUGUAUAAAAGACACCUGGGAGCCAGAAAUCUUUCUGAUUGAGAGGGGGUCAAAUACUUAUUUCCCUCAUUAAAAUGCAAAUCAAUUUAUAACAUUUUUUACAUGCGUUUUUCUGGAUUUUUGUUGUUGUUAUUCUGUCUCUCACUGUUCAAAUAAACCUACCAUUAAAAUUAUAGACUGAUCAUUUCUUUGUCAGUGGGCAAACGUACAAAAUCAGCAGGGGAUCAAAUACUUUUUUCCUCACUGUAUGUAUGGCAGGACCAAAUCAGAGAGAUAGGUAGGAGAAAGUCCAUGUAAUGCUUUGUAGGUCAGCAGUAAAACCUUGACCUCAUUGACUCAAGAUGUUUCAGCUUUUAAUUGUGUUAUUCAUUUGUAAAAAGAAAUAAAAAGAAAUUUAAAAAAAAAGAAAUACAUAAUUCCACUUUGACAUUAUGGGGUAUUGUGGGUAGACACGUGACAACCCCCCCGCAAUUGUAUUAAUUUUAUCUUCAUGCUGUAACACAACAAAAUAUGGAAAAUGCCAAGGGGUGUGAAUACUUUCUGAAGGCACUGUACGUGUUGACAUUUAAUUCAAGGCAGGGCAAAUGAUACCUAACUGUACCUAAAUCUCAUCCUUCCAUCUAGGCUCACAGCUUAUGUUGCUAAGGUAUUUGCCAUGUCAAACUCAUUCAUCGUUAUUUCGGAUGAUGUCCUGUGCAGUGCAGUCAAGUGGCUUGUCAUGGAAAGACAGCGUCCCAAUGGCAUUUUCGAGGAAUCUGGCAAACUCCUACAUCCCACCAUGAUGGUACUGUUUGUGUUGUUGGCAGAAAUUCUAUUUAAAAAAAUAAUAAACAUUUUAUUAAUCAUAUUUUAUUUCAGCUCAUAAAACAUGGGGCAGACACUUUAUAUGUUGCCUUUAUAUAUUUUUUCAGUGUAUUUCUCUGUUGUAUCUUGGGUUUUUGAGAAUGUAAAAUAUUCAACAACAAACCCAGAUAUCUACUUAGAUAUGGUCAUUUCUGUCUGUGCCUGUCUACAGGGAGAUGUACUGGGGAAAGACGUGGAUGACACACUGACAGCGUUCGUGCUCAUAGCCAUGCAGGAAGCACACACAAUAUGUGAACAUUACGAUGGUAUCAAUGUAAGUGAAAUGUAUACAUUCUCAUGUUUUCCUAUUCAUUCUUUCAUACCCAUGUUUUCUAUGGCCAUGCAUAGUCGAACAACAAAGGCAGUAUUUUAAGAAGUCUAUUGAGUAGUUUUUGAAUGCCUUUUAGGAUACUUUAAGAAGUUAGCAAUUGCCUCUCUUCUUCUCUCUCCAGAACCUGCCAGACAGCAUGAAAAGGGCUAAGCAAUACCUGGAAUCUCGGAAUCAAUACCUGACCAACCCUUAUUCAGUGGCUAUGACCUCAUACGCCCUGGCUAACGAGGGCAAGCUUAACAAGGAUAUCCUAUUCAAACACUCAUCAGGUGACAGGAUACAUCCUCCUUUACACCAGUAUAGUAGGAAAUAUUGAGCAAUUGAAACCUAUGAUGGACAGUAUUAUGUAGCCUAACCCAUUUCUGACUCUUAUAGCCCGGUGCUCUCUGCAUCAAAGAGCUACAUUUUGCCAGUGUAGCAGAUGUGUUUUUGUACAUUUUGGUUUUGUAAUAAUAAAUAAUGUUUGUGUUUCCCCCACAGACCGUACCCACUGGUCUGUUUCAGACAAUCACCUUCUCACACUGGAGGCCACAGCUUACGCCCUGUUGGCCCUGGUGAAGGCUGAUGCCUUUGAGGAAGCUGGUCCCAUCGUCAGAUGGCUCAAAAGCCAGGGGUUUCAAAGAGGAGGUGACUCAUCCACUCAGGUACAGCCAGACACAUGUAACACGUAACAUCAAGCAUCCAACAAGGGCAAACAGGCUGGCUAACUAACCUUGGCUAAGAUGGGCUAAUGUCCAUACAUCAUUUGAAACAGGCUGCUUCGGGGUCAUGCAACAUUAUAAUACAAUAUAUGGAAAUAUGCCGUGUGGAAUGCAUAAUGUUGGAGAAAGCUGCAUUUAGGAUAAACAAACACAACACUUAAGAGCCAUUUUGUUUUAAGUAUUUAUUUUUUUCUAAAAAAGGUAGGGGUCAAAACAGGGGAGGUUAGCAAAUAAAAUCAAGUCAAAUCAAAUUUUAUUUGUCACAUACAUGUGUUUAGCAGAUGUUAUUGCGGGUGUAGCAAAAUGCUUGUCUUAGGGAUAUGAUCUUUGACCCUCUGUAACUUUCUCACUCAUUGUGAUUCAUGAUUAAUCCAGGAUUAUCCGUAAUCAUGGUAGCAUCCCCAUUAAUGUAGAAGUGUUUAGAAAUAUAUUAUAUUCUUAUUUACAAUAAAGGUGACUCCAAAAUGAGACCAAACAUUAUGUACCAUUCAUUUCUAUUGGGCACAAAAUAAUCUGAAACACAACCAAAACUAACUGAAAAUAGAUCCAACAAGUUUGUAGAGUCCCAACAAGUUUGAUGUAGUCAUUACGUGCUAAGACUAUGGGACCAAAUACUAAACUUUAUUUAUAAGAAUCUUUAGGGAUGUCAAUACUUUUGACCCCUACCUUUUUGAGAAAAAAAAGUAUUACUUGUAAAAACAAAAAUCUCUUUUUCUGAGCAAUGGUAUUAUACUUAACAAAAAUAUAAACGCAACAUGUAACAAUUUCAAAGAUUUUACUGAGUUACAGUUCAUCUAAGGAAAUCAGUCAAAUGAAAUAAAUAAAUUAGGCCCUAAUCUAUCGAUUUCACGUGAUUGGGAAUAAAGAUAAUUUCAAAGCAAUUUGCAGCAUACAAUAUGGCUCAGUAUUUGAAUUCUUUAUUUUAUACAGUCAUUAUUGCUAAUCUUUAUCAAGGGUGUCAUUCAUUUCGGACCCGACUGUAUAUAGGUGUGGUACACUUUUAACCCCCUCCUUCUGUUUCUUCCAAAAUAGGCCACUAUCAUGGUGUUCCAGGCUGUGGCAGAAUACAUGACGAAAGCAGGAAAAGUUAAAGACAUUGAUCUGAAUGUGGAUAUUGAUAUCUCAGGGAGAGCUCAAGUCAUCAAGUUGUCAUUUAACAAGGGUAACGCCUUACUCACACGCACCAACAAGGUAAGGACCUAUGUACACAUAAGCCCCUUUGUAACACGUGACAAGUACAAACCUAUUGUCCACGAGCCUAGAACACAGUCUUGCCAAACUUUUGGGUCACUCGAAUCACCCAUCUCAGUCAAAAUGUUGUGGGUGUGAACAUGGUUCCCUGAGGAAAGGAACAAAGCAACCUGCAUCACAGAGGGGGAAGGAGAAAUGUAUGUUAGAGGAAGUGAAUUAAAAGAAUAGUUGAUCACAGUGAGAGACAAAGGAAGGCUAUUUUGUCUGUUAGGCAGGUCUUAAAUGAAAGUUUGUAUUCUGUAUAGGUCCAACUGCAUGAGAACUUCACAGUAACUGCCAAAGGAACUGGUCAGGGGGAAUUAUUGGUAAGAAUAAUGUUUGAAAACAUUUGAUUGAUAACAUAAAGAUAAAAUGAGUACCCAAGGCUAACCAAGUAACACCAACCCUCUCCUUGCCUAUCCGUGUCAAGGUUACAACUGUAUACUAUGCCAUGCCCAAGGAGAAGAACCAAGACUGCAAAAACUUUGUGCUUAAUGUGAAACUAUUAAAGCAGGCUAAAGGUAGGCUACUUGUCAUGGCUAUUGUAUUUGAACUUGUUUCCACUCAACAGUGAUAAUUGAAGUUUUGUUUGUUUUGUUUUAGUUCAUUGAAAUGGGGCAGUGCUAAUAGUGGCAGAUUUAAGUUUUGUGGUUGUUGAUAUCUGCAAGACUUUAGUUGCCCCACUGUGUAUGAUGAUGUCAUAUUGCUAAAUCUACCUUCAAAAUGAUAUCUCUUGUUUUUUAAGUUUCACUCAAUGGAGCUAAAGAGACAUAUAAACUCUACAUUGACGUGUUGUAAGUAAAAGAAAAACCUGAAUUCUCAGGAUAUACUGUAAUCACUGUCAUACUGCCAUAGGCCAAUAUUGUUAUAUUUGAUUCGUAUCUAGUGAGGAAUAGGAAAUACAUCCAAAAAUGAAAUCAGCUAAAAUCAAGUCUUCCUUAUGGACACUCCCAUUCUCUCCUAAGGUUUAACUCUGACAGAAAGGCCACCAUGACCAUUUUAGACAUCGGCUUGCUGACUGGCUUUGUAGUUGACUUUGAGGAUCUGAAAGAGGUGAGUGAUCAAUGUUGAUAUAGCAGAUGGCUUGUGGUGCAUCGCUACUGCCUUUCUGAGGCCUAGAAGUACUGUUGCCCAGGCCUGUAUCCAGAAAACGCAUUGGCAUGUACUGGGUCAGUAGUAUUGACUGUGCUUCUUGCAGAUAGCCUCGACUCCAGGCAUUCCAGCAGGUUUCUCCAGAACGCCUGGAUUCAUUGGAUGUCAGAGAGGGAUCACAGUGCUCCUUUUGGCUGAACAAUUUCUGUGAUACAUACCUAGCAAAACAGCUUGCAGAUAUGCUAUCUUAAUUUGAUCACUCCGUUGUCGCAGAGAAAUGCAAAUUGUACUGUAUUUGAGGUUUAAAAAGGCUUCUAAAGUUUCCACAAAUCAGACUUGAUUUGCCCUAAUGAAAAAUGUAUCAACCCCUACAAAAAAGUUCAGUAGUUAUAAUCCACAUGAUAAUUCACAUUUCUUGUUGCUACAGGAUUAUCUUCCUGCUGUGAGAAACAUGGUCAAAUUAAGAUAGCAGAUCUGUACAGUGGGGAAAAUCACAUUGUAGGAUUUUUAAUGAAUUUAUUUGCAAAUUAUGGUGGAAAAUAAGUAUUUGGUCACCUACAAACAAGCAAGAUUUCUGGCUCUCACAGACCUGUAACUUCUUCUUUAAGAGGCUCCUCUGUCCUCCACUCGUUACCUUGAAAACAGAGUGGCAAAAAGUAAAGCUUAGAUACCGUACUAUUAACACAUACUGGGUCCAUCUUUAUGAACAUUUAAGUUUAAACUUUUUCUGUCUCAAAAUACACAUCAGGCAAUUCAAAUCAUCAAUGUAGUUGCACGUGAUACAUGUACAUUUUAGUCAGUUAUCCAGAGCGACUUACAGGAGCAAUUAGGGUUAAGGGUAUAUCAACAGAUUUUUCACCUAGUUGGCUCAGGGAUUUGAACCAGUGACCUUUCGGUUACUGGCCCAACGGUCUUAGCUGCUAGGUUACCUUCCGCCCUGUAUAGCUGUUCCCAUAAGAUAACCUGGCACAUUUAGCCCUAUGCUAACCUGACAAGCUCGCCGGUGAUUAUUUCCUGUGACAAAUUCUUAGACUUUAUAUCCACCAACCAAUGGCAUUUCUUAAAAUAGGUCGAUUUGGCCACCAGAGGGAUAUUUUAAACCUCCAAAUGUAAGGUUAACUUUUGUUUCACUUGGUUUGUAAAGUGUAGUGUCCCAAUAUUGUAUGAUCCUUGACCAGGCUACUAGCUACUAACGUUAGACAAAACUAAAAAGGCAUGUUUUUUCCCAUAUAUGACAAAAUCGCACAUUUUUGCUUAUCCGUUUCACACACAUCCAUGUGCUUUUACAGGGAAAAGAUAAAGGAGGUCUAUACAACAUUUAAGUUUAUCGUACAUAGUAAAAAAAAAAAGUCUAAGAGCCUUAUAGUCUUGUUAAAUAGCUGUCAUGUACCUCCAUUACAAUCGCUGCCAGGUGGCAUACACGCUAAACCGGUUCACUGUGAAUCUGCGGGGUACAGUAUCAGUGGGUUCGAGGCCCCCUUGUGUCAAGCUUUUUUGUUAAGGAAAACAUUGUUCUCUGCUGGUCCUCAAUGAUCGAUUCAAAUAUGUGACGAAAUAGAUGAUUAUAAUAAUGCAUGUAAAACGUUGUACAUGUACAGUGGGGAAAAAAAGUAUUUAGUCAGCCACCAAUUGUGCAAGUUCUCCCACUUAAAAAGAUGAGAGAGGCCUGUAAUUUUCAUCAUAGGUACACGUCAACUAUGACAGACAAAUUGAGAAUUUCUUUCUCCAGAAAAUCACAUUGUAGGAUUUUUAAUGAAGUUAUUUGCAAAUUAUGGUGGAAAAUAAGUAUUUGGUCACCUACAAACAAGCAGGAUUUCUGGCUCUCACAGACCUGUAACUUCUUCUUUAAGAGGCUCCUCUGUCCUCCACUCGUUACCUGUAUUAAUGGCACCUGUUUGAACUUGUUAUCAGUAUAAAAGACACCUGUCCACAACCUCAAACAGUCACACUCCAAACUCCACUAUGGCCAAGACCAAAGAGCUGUCAAAGGACACCAGAAACAAAAUUGUAGACCUGCACCAGGCUGGGAAGACUGAAUCUGCAAUAGGUAAGCAGCUUGGUUUGAAGAAAUCAACUGUGGGAGCAAUUAUUAGGAAAUGGAAGACAUACAAGACCACUGAUAAUCUCCCUCGAUCUGGGGCUCCACGCAAGAUCUCACCCCCGUGGGGUCAAAAUGAUCACAAGAACGGUGAGCAAAAAUCCCAGAACCACAUGGGGGGACGUAGUGAAUGACCUGCAGAGAGCUGGGACCAAAGUAACAAAGCCUACCAUCAGUAACACACUACGCCGCCAGGGACUCAAAUUCUGCAGUGCCAGACGUGUCCCCCUGCUUAAGCCAGUACAUGUCCAGGCCCGUCUGAAGUUUGCUAGAGUGCAUUUGGAUGAUCCAGAAGAGGAUUGGGAGAAUGUCAUAUGGUCAGAUGAAACCAAAAUAGAACUUUUUGGUAAAAACUCAACUCGUCGUGUUUGGAGGACAAAGAAUGCUGAGUUGCAUCCAAAGAACACCAUACCUACUGUGAAGCAUGGGGGUGGAAACAUCAUGCUUUGGGGCUGUUUUUCUGCAAAGGGACCAGGACGACUGAUCUGUGUAAAGGAAAGAAUGAAUGGGGCCAUGUAUCGUGAGAUUUUGAGUGAAAACCUCCUUCCAUCAGCAAGGGCAUUGAAGAUGAAACGUGGCUGGGUCUUUCAGCAUGACAAUGAUCCCAAACACACCGCCCGGACAACGAAGGAGUGGCUUCGUAAGAAGUAUUUCAAGGUCCUGGACUGGCCUAGCCAGUCUCCAGAUCUCAACCCCAUAGAAAAUCUUUGGAGGGAGUUGAAAGUCCGUGUUGCCCAGCGACAGCCCCAAAACAUCACUGCUCUAGAGGAGAUCUGCAUGGAGGAAUGGGCCAAAAGACCAGCAACAGUGUGUGAAAACCUUGUGAAGACUUACAGAAAAUGUUUGACCUGUGUCAUUGCCAACAAAGGGUAUAUAACAAAGUAUUGAGAAACUUUUGUCAUUGACCAAAUACUUAUUUUCCACCAUAGUUUGCAAAUAAAUUCAUUAAAAAUCCUACAAUGUGAUUUUCUGGAUUUAUUUUUCUAAUUUUGUCUGUCAUAGUUGACGUGUACCUAUGAUGAAAAUUACAGGCCUCUCUCAUCUUUUUAAGUGGGAGAACUUGCACAAUUGAUGGCUGACUAAAUACUUUUUUUCCCCACUGUAUGUACUCUUAUCCUUAGUAGUCUUUCAGUAGCCUAACUGUAAUAUUUCCCUGUAAAAUCAAUUGGGUCCAGACUUGCGAACAUAAAAAAAAGUGUUCGUUUAAGAUUAAGCAUCAACCAAUUAAAAUUGUUGAUGUAGUUGCACGUGAUCAAAGGCUACAUGUUAGCUGUUCCCAUGACAUAACCUGGCAUAUUUAGCCCUAUGCUAACCUCACUAUAUGGCCAUGAUUAUAUCCUGUUCAAAUUCCAUAUUAGCCAAUUUAAAAUCGUUGACGUAGUUGGACGUGAUAGAACACUUUUCCUUAACAGCAGUCAAACGGCACCAUCUUCUAAUCAGUUACUAAAACGCUCACCAAUUUCUAACUGGACAAUUAGCUCACCUGGUGAGGUUAGCAUAGGGCUAACGUGCGCCAGGUUAUCUGAUGGGACCAGCUACAAUGUAGCGUUCUAUCACGUGACACUACAUCAACGAUUUUAAUUGGCUGAUGCUUAACCUUAACCUUGAACUGAAACUUUUUUGAAUGUUCGUAAGUAUGGUCCUACGUAUUUCUAUUUCACAUAAUAUAAACAUGUAGCUAUACAUACAGAUGAGAGGAGGCUGGUGGGAGGAGCUAUAGGAGGAUGGGCUCUUUGUAAUGGCUGGAAUGGAAUAAAUGGAACUGAGUCAAACACAUCAAACAUAUGGAAACCACGUUUGACUCUGUUCUAAAUAUUCCAUUCCAGCCAUUACAAUGAGCCCGUCCUCCUAUAGCUCCUCCCACCAGCAUCCACUGAUACAGAAAGAAACAACUGAGUGUGGCAGAAUAUGGCCAAAAUGCAUAAAACUGUUAAACAUUACAUUCAGCGUCACCAGAUUAUAUAAACCAUUAAAUUGUGUCUAUAGUCUUCUGCAACCAUACCGUCUGCACUAAAGUCCCUUUGUAGCAGACAACCAUACCGUCUGCACUAAAGUCCCUUCGUAGCAGUUAAGUACCUUACUCUUAUAGUUUCCCAUUAAAAUGGUCAAAAAUAAGAUUUUUUUUUUUUUGCAUUUGAGCAAAAAAUAAUUUCCCAAGCAAUAAUUUUGCUAGGACUAUCUGGGAGUGGUCUGAGUGAGGGGCCUAAUUGGAGUGGCCUAAUAGGAGGGAUAUGUAACCUGAAAACUACCUGUUAUUAUUGGCCAAGAGGUUUGGAACACUCUUUAUUAAUGGUUUAUUAACUUAUAUAUAAGCCAAAACUCCACCCAUGCAAAACCUCUUGAUUACAAGGUCCUGUGUACAUUUUAUUUUCAACCAGCAACUAUCAGGUAUAACACAGAUCAAUUUGUUUCACACUUUUACAGUGUCAAUUUCAUCAGCUGUUGUACAAUAGAAUACAAAAAACAGGAAAAACAUAAUUUUGAGUGCACUGGGCCUUACACGUGAUUACACCUUUGACGGAAUUGUUACUGAGGAAAUUAUAACAUAUUGUUUUUAUAUACAUGCUUUUACAUACCUGUAGUAGUCGAUAACUGGACACAAAAGUUACUGUGUUUGCAGUUCUGGCGCAUUCUUUAUUCUGAAGAAUCUCGUGCCUGGCCAGAACUUCUUCCAUCCCUACUACCGCUACAGAGUAACAGCGCAAUCUAUUGGAUUUAUGGUAGAACUACAGCUACAGCUUGAAGGAGAUAAAUACGAAAUUGAUUAGACAGCUUAACUUUAGGUUUAAAAAAUAUCAAAAGGGUGUCUCUUUUUCAACCAUUGCAACUGCUUAAUGCAGCUCUGGUGUAGUUAUGGCAAUACUCUUAAUCACUCCUAAGAACACAGUUUUUCUUCAUUUCAGAUUUUUUUGUGGAUAAUACAAUAAACAUUAAUGGUUCAAAGUUCACUCUUGUGUUUCUGCUUGCAGUUGUCAACCGGGAGGGAAUGGUACAUUCAGAAAUUUGAAAUGGACAAAAAGUUGUCUGAGAGGGGCUCCCUCAUCAUCUAUCUUGACCAGGUAUCUGUUUGUGACUGCAUGCCACACUGGUAUUGACAUGGAUUUAUUCUUCUCAGUGACAUGUAUACAAUGACGUAACUUCAUUUUAUUAUUCAACUUUCACUAUAUCUCCGGUAUUCAUUAAGGUAUCUAAUAAACUAGCAGACAAGGUGGCGUUCAGAAUACACAAGGUACAAGAUGUAGGUCUGAUUCAACCUGUUGGGGUCACCGUUUAUGAAUACUAUGCUCAAGGUAUGCUUUAUUUGAGAGGAAAUAUGAACCAGACCUGGUUUAAAUAGAAUUCACAUUUCUUUAAAAUACUUAACCUGUGCUUGAUUCAGCUUGUCUGGUGGAAUGGAACCAAUGGAAUAGUCCCAAAAGUAUAAACCCUGCCCAUCUAGCAUUCCAGGCAGGCUCAAUCAAACACUCAAAGUAUUUAAAAGAAAACAAAUACUAUUUGAACCCAGGUCUGAUAUAUGCACACACACUCACAUGUACCUCAUAGACUACAAUGCAUUCACUAGAAAUGCCAACACACAGAAUAAAUAGUCUUGAAUAGGGACUUUUGUCAUUUUAGAGAACCGCUGUGUGAAGUUCUACCACCCAAUGAAGAAGGAUGGAACCCUGAACAGGCUUUGUCAAGAUGAUGUGUGUCGUUGUGCUGAAGGUACCAUGCCUCGGUUGCCAAAUUGCUGCCAAAAAGUAGUUGCAGUUAUAGGAUGAGCUUACCCUACUCUGAUCCUUUUACCAUUGUCAACAAUCCCUCCAUCAUCCAUUAAAAUAUCAUGUUCUAUUUUCACAUGGAAUUAUCACUUUGCCUGUACAAUAAUAUGUUAAUGUAGCCUGGGUACCAGUCUGUUUCUGCCAUCAAUCCACGCCAAACAAUGACACAGAGUACAAGGAGUGGAAUGUUUGUACAAAACAGGUUCUGAAUUUCAGCCUAAUGUUAAUAUACUGUAUGCCAAAGUAAUACUGUCCUCACUAUAUAGAUUGGCUGGUUACUUUGACAUUUUCAUACUCACACAUGAUCUUUCUUUCAUAGAGAGCUGUAGCUACCAGAAGAAAUUUGGAGACGUGAGUAAAGUGAAACUGUUGGACAAAGCCUGCGAAGCUGCUAUGGAUUAUGGUAAGUCUCUAGUCUUUUGAGACAAACAAUUGUGUUCAGUAGUAUGGCACAGCGAUGCAAAGUGCUUUGCAAUGGAAAAUGUGUGUUUUCUCCCUACUGGACAUGACUCAGGUAUUAUUAAAGUGAACAAAAUUAUAUGUUUACUUAUUCAUAUGACUUUGUAUUUUUCACAGUUUUCAAAGUCUCCUUGGUUAAUGCAACACUGGAGUCCUACAUCGAUACAUACCGCAUGAAAAUAGAAAGGAUUAUCAAAGAAGGUAGGAUAAGUCCUUAAUGUUUAGUCAUGAGUUUCCACACGAUAAUCAUUCAUUGCUGGAUUAUAUGGAGUAGGACUAUGAAUAUCAACAGUGACUGUUGAUAUUUUGUUAACAUUUUCAAAUGCUCCUCUCACUUUAACGCAAAUGUGUCAUUCCACAAAUAGAGUGCCUAUUGAGUAGUGUAAUUUGUCAAAAAUAUAUUUUUUGAAUUUUUCACCUAAUUUUCACAUUCUGUUCAACUUUUAAAAAAUAACAUGUUUCCCCAUCUCAAGGUUUAAUUAAGAAAAAUAACUAUAAAAGUAACAGGGUUGAUCGUAACAGUGUUCACGAUUUCAUCUUGAAUCAGCCAUAACUUCCCUUGUGACAGGGCAAAUGGAAGCUUGUUGUGUGCAACAGGGAGGGGCAAUUUAAAUCAAGCUUAAUAAAAAUAUUUUACUUGUUAAAAUAUUUCUAGCCUAUCUAUCGAUGGGUAACAGUGUUGACUUGUUAUGUUCAACGUGCUCAGUUUUCCACUAUUAAACACCAGAAAAUGGCCAUCUCACAUGCUUUUACACUUUGAUUUGACUAUUAGACAUUCUUUUGAAAAAAUAUUAGUUUUACCAGGUUAAAACGAGACUUCAGUUCACAUUACAGGGUUGACCUUAAAACUGAGGGACAAAUGUUAAUGAAUCACUAAUCACAUGAAAUAAGUAAACAUCUUCAGAAAUGACUUUCCCAAAGCAACAAAAUAAAUAGGGCUUUACAAUUAUGGUGAAAACUUGUGAAAAUCUUGGGGUGAUGUGGGUUAAAAUUGGACAAACAUGAUGUGGGACAUGCCAAAAUGGUGAUUUUCAGAGAAAACAAAUCACUUAUUUGAAUAAAAACACAUUGCUAUUGGAAUUUUUAACAUUGUUAAGUUAGAGCAUAGAUGUUUGUGAUCCAACUGGUAAAUUGAGUGUUUUAUCAACAUUUACACACAUAAUGUCUGAAGUACAUAAAAGGCAAUCUAUUCAUAGAGCGACCUAAAUAUUUCCUAGACGGUUUUGCACACACAUGCAAAUGUUUUUGUUUUUCCAGAAAGUUUAAAACCAAGUUCUUUAGAAAUGAGAUCAAUGUUAAUGUUCAAUUUCUCUUUAGGCACUGACCAUGUGUUGGACGGGGGAAAGCGUUUGUUCCUGGCCCACCCCUCCUGUAGAAAUGCACUGGAUCUGAAAGAAGGCCAGAGCUACCUGCUCAUGGGAGACACUGCAGAUCUUAUCCAGAGUGGUGAC